CUGUUAUAUCAUGGCGGACUUUGGAGAUUCCCAGUUUCAUAUGUCGAGGCUGAGAGAAUUAAAUCAGCAAUACAAAUAAUAUUUAAUUAGCUAAAACAACCAGCCUAAAACCAUUAUGAAAACCUGACACAACAUCUUCUUGUUAUGAGUGAAGUAUUGAAUGUUGAAUAUGUCAAAUCUCCAGAAAAAGAUGCCAAAAGCAACGGCACUGGCAACGCUGGAGAUGGACGAGGAGAUCAGCAAACCCCACCGUCUACAACACGGGCAGUUGAUCGUAGGGGAAGAGGAGAAAGUUCUUAUAUCACAGAAAACAGGCUUAAACAUUCCUCCUCUAGAAGUGAUCUAAGCAUGCGGGAUGACAGAAAUCAUUCUUAUUCUGGAAGAGAAGGACAUAGAAGUGACCAUCGGAGUAAAGAAAAAUCUAGACGAAGCACAAGCAGAGGAGGAACUCCACAGACACAGCCAAACUCAACCAAUAAUACAAAUAGUAUUAGCAACAACAGUGGCAAUAAUCCAAGUUAUAUCUCAAGGGGAAGACGAAAUGAUGAAAUUGAUAGAAGGGGCAAUUCAAAUAACAAUCUUCGAUCAGGGCGGCGUGUUGACGAUGCUCAACGUUCUCGACCACAAGGCCCUCCACAAACAUCAAACUCAGGCUAUGAAAAGAAAGGUAUUUAAAAAAAAAAAAUAGUUCUCCCAAUUUAUAUAUUUCAAACUCAUCUGUUAAUUUUUAAGAUGAGCCUUACCCAUGGAAAGGUAAAUUUUGUUUUUAUUUUGACUAGGCUUAAUUAUUAAUAAAUCGUUAAUACUUAAUUUUUAAUAGAGAAUAAAAUAAUAAUAAUCAAUAUAGGCCCAGCUUACCCUUUUGGCUUGGGACAGAGCAUUUUUGGACUGUCUGUGCCAAGAAGACAGAACCCUAUUCAUAAGACCUGCACUUACUUUCCAAAAAAAUGUAUAAAAAAUUAACUAAUUACUUUAAAAAUAUAAAGCUAUAAGAAUAUAAUAUAUAUAUUCUUGUAUGGAAAUGAAUGAACUAAUACAAUUAUGAAUCAAAUUGAAAUCUCAACAUUUAUACAAAUGGCAUUUCCUGAUUUGCAUAAUCUAUAUAUUUCAGGGUUUUUUUCCACUUAGAUUAUAAUAAACAUGUUUACUUGCAGAAUUUUGUUAAAUUUAAAUUUUAUGAUGUUGAAGCCUAAAUAAGUUUUAACCCAUUUUCAAUGAGAUUCGGUGUGAUAAACUGCACAAAAUAUUCUCCUUGGCUGCUUAUGGCUUUUGACAUAUUUCAAGGUCACAUAAUUUUAAAGCAUUUUUAGGUGUCACUAGGUGAUAUAAAAUAACAGAACACAUUAGUCUAAAGGGACCCGGUUCUGAAUAGCGGUGUACAUGCUAUUCGGAUGUCAUUUGUGGUAGUUUAUUUUAGUUAAACUUAAGAAAUAAGUUUACAAAAAUAUAGUCCAAUCAAUUAUCUUUCAUUUGAUACCAAACUUCGUCUUACAAACCCUACAAUAAUUUUUAAAUAUUUUUUAAUAAACCCAAACUCUCACUUCUCGUAGCCGGGUCAGAAUAGCCGCAUCCUAAAGCUAUACCAUUUCAUUUUCAUAGUCGAAAUAAACAGUCUGAAAUAAUCUGCUGUACUGCUAUUAAAUAGAAAGCUAUCAAAUCAGCAACACUGGUCAAAUUGUCUGAUCAACACUCAGUGUAUCAAAUUGUCUGAUCAACACUCAGUGUAUCACACUGUCAUCAGACCCCUCUAGAUCACUCUUCAAAGUCGACAAUUAGUAUGUGUGUGUUACUGGGUGAUUUGACGCAUUGGGUCACAUUAGUAGUGAGGGGGAUAUGUCAAAUUUGUGAUCGCAAUAGUAGCAAAUGGGUUAACUAUAGACUAAGUAUAAUUAAACUACACCAAAAAUAAAGGUAGGCCAAAAUAAUUUACAAUGAUAGUUUAUCACAUUUGUUUAAAUAACCGACUUGAAAUCAAUAAAUUCAUUGCAGUUGUCGAAGGUAAAGAUGGAAACAAAACCUUCAUUGAGGAUCCACUUAUAAAACUGAUGAAAAGAAUCACCCGAGUAGGCUUUGAACGAGAAAGACGAUUAACUUCUGCACGUCAGUUGAAAGAUUAUCUGCAUGGGCCUGAAGUGAAAACAACUAAAGUAAUUCCUAAUUGUGUGGUUGUGUAUUGUAUUUGUACUGGUUUGAAAUAGCCUUUAUUUUAAAUUAUCCUAUUUUUAGAACUAUAUUUUGAAUUUAUAAUGGUCACUUUAACUUUCAAAUUUUUUUUUUUUAAAGUAUGGCUUAGUCUAAGUACUUGUAUUUAGUAAAUGAAGAUUUAGCUGUUAUGUGUGUGAUUUAAAAUGUUUUUUUUUCUACUUAUACAUUAGACAACAAAUUUUUAGCAUCAAAAAGGGGUACCUGAAGAUAGAUAUUUCAAAAUAUAUAUUUUUGGAGAAGAAUAUCUAUUUGGCUUUUGACCUUAUGCUCAGAUCUUUGAGUCUUCUGAGAAGCAAAACUUAAGUUAAAUUUAAGACAGCUGCACCUGUUUCUUUGUUAAACUUUAAGUUAUUCAAAUCUUUAAUUUUGUAUGCCUGACAUGCACUAGUUAUUUUUUUAAGAACAUUUCCUUUUUUAUUUGUUUUAUGAUUACUGAAUCCCCACUCUAAUUAUUUUACUUUUCUCUUCCGAUUAUUACCAAAACCUAUGAAUUUGCCUAUUUCAGUCCCCCAAGCAGAUUUUUGAUGCAAUUGAAAGUCUGCAAAGUGUUUUAUUUGAAAGGUAACUGAAAGGGUCACAAUUUUAAGGAAGAUAAUAAACAUAAAAAAAGUAUUCAAUGAUAGUUGUUUGUUCAUUUUUUUAGAGUUAAUUAAUAAAAAGUGUAUCAUAUCAAGUGACUUUUCUGAUUUCUCGUUGGCAGCAAGACUGAACUUCUGAGAAAAUGUUAGCAUUUAUGUUACAACUUACCUAUUUUUAUUAAUCACUUCAGAAGUGGUAAAGAGCUCAAACAAGAAGUGGCACUGUGUAUUGGUAUUUUGGGCAGCUAUCUUGGACAAGAGAUACCAGGGUAUUUGUGUUUUCCCCAUAAAUUUGUUUUUAAAAAAAUAUAUUUUAAUUUAAGCUUCAACUAAUAAUUCUUAGAGACGGGUAGACUUGAUAAUAUCUAGAUUUGUAAUACUUGGAGGAGGGCUGCCACUUAAAGUAACCAUUAUUAUGUAACUGGAAUUGAAAAGAUGGAUACUGCUAAAUUACUAGAAUUGUGGUAGUGUAAAUUUUGUUUGACUCACCAGCUAUGUGAAUUGGGCAGGUCGUUUGAACUUUUUAACCUAUUAAAAAUAAACAGCACUGUUUUAUACCGGGCUUUAAAACAGUAGCUAAACUUGGCGGCAUUAAAAAUUUCUCUCUGCUCAAUAUAGCUUUAGUCUUGCUAGUUUAGUUACAGCUGAAAUAAAAUCUGGUUAUUUAAAUUUUUAAAAAUGUAAAUAACAUUGACAUCCAAAAAAAAACUCUACUGAAGUAAAUAACACAAUGAUCAUAUUUUGCAGAUUCUUUGAAUGGGUUUUUACAAAUGUGAAUUCUUCAGACACUGAUGUGAAAGCUUUCGUAUCUUUAGCCCUAUUAGAGGUACAUUUUUGUGUAUAUUCUUUUACACAGAAUAUGUUUUUUAACUAAGUAGUUUCUUUUCUCUAAAACAUCUAUUAAAUUUUAAAAUAGACAGGUUUGAAAAGCAAAAAGCAAAAUUCUUAAGACUAUUCACAGGAUUAAUAAAAAAAAAAAAUCUCUUUGCAAAAUUAUAUUGCGUUAAAAGCUGGAGUAUGAAGUAAAGGCUUCAAUGAAGUAUAGCAAAUAUUUUAAUGAAGACAAAGAUAAUUGAUAGUAAUAUGAAAAUUUAAUUAAAUUACAUUUUUUUCCUAGAUGCUGAAGCAAGAUGAAUCACUGCAAAGAGCCAGAGAUUUCAUGGGGGUCAGUAUAUGAACAAAUAUUUUAAGCCUUUGAUCAAUAAUAAGAUCUGCAAAUUAUUAAAAUGACAAUGGAUUUGAAAAUGGUUAGAUUUAUUUAUUUUUUUAAUGUUUGAACAUAAUACUUUUGUUGAUAGAAAAGUGUAAUCUUUCAGAAUGUAAUGGUCAAUAUUCAGCACAUGCUUGAGUCUGCAAACGCUUCAUAUCUGCUCAUUGUUGUGAUGGACAUCAUUAUUGUAAUUGCAAGAGUUUAUCCCCAUGUAUUUAGCUCUUGCUUUAGAGUAAGUACCUUCAAACUACUAAUACAAUUUAAAUACUCAGCUCUUCCAUAGGCUUUUAAUAUGUACAAUUUCAAAAUACUUGCUUCUUUUAUUGUUUCAAGUUAUUUUCUAUGUUUGUUAAAGUUGAAAUGUACUUGUUUGCUUUUAAGGAAGUAUCUGACAUUGUGAUUGGCUGGCUUAUAGAUCCCACCCAGAACAUGCACCUUAUUGACCACAUGUCUUCAGCCCUUGUACAGCUUCAGCCCUUUUGGAAGUCAGACAUUCAGUUCUCUGUGAUGCUGCUUGGUCAGUUUACAGAGGACCUGGAAAUCAUGUUAGGACAGGUCUGUUUCAUGCAAAACAAAUUAUAGUUAUUUUUUAAAAAUGGUUUCAUGUUAGAUAUAUGUAUUUUGUUGCCUUAAUGAAUUCCAAACUUUUACAGGAUUUGAACCAAGCAAUUCAGGGAUCAAGUGAUACAUCUGUUAAAACUGUAACGGAAAAGAUUACAGCCCUGUUGCGAGUGUUCUACACUGUGGUGCUUAGUCUAGGGGACUCUAUCAGCACUCUUAAAGGUGGACAAAUCAAUGUAGACUUUUUGGCUCAGGUAAAGAGAUUUUCUUAAUUUAAUGUUUACAUAGAUACAUUUUCAAUUUCCUAAAAUAUUGAUAACCCUUUGAUUUGAAAUGUGCAGGUUUUUUUUUUUCAGAAACAUUAAUUUUGAAAGUUUUAUGGCAUCUUUAAAUCAAACAAUUCUUUUUGAGGUUCAAGUAAAUGAUAUUAGGGAUGUUUAAAAGAAUCUUGCCUUACAUCGGUAAAUUGUGAAAAGGUGAACACUUUUAUACUGCUCCUCAAAUAUUCUAAUAUUGAAAAUAUUAUUAUUGUACUUCUAUCAUCACUAGUUACUAAACAAGCUUUUGGGUAGCUUAGGCCCUGCCUUGAAAAAUGGGAGUGCAGAAAGCAUAACAAUCAUUAGUAAGUACUUUUGAAUUCAUUGUUUUUUUCAAUAAUGAUCCUUAAAAUUUUAACAGUAGUCAUUAAAUAGCUGAAAUAUUUGUUUAAAAGAAUAGAAGCACAUGGUCUUGAAUAGUUGUUUUGUUUUUUUAAAUUUAGUGAUGAGUUGGUAAAACGUAAUUGAUAAAAAGUAUACAAUACAAUGUUAAUAUGUGACAUACUCAAUGAUUUGUUUUUUUUUCUAGGCAAUGACAGUGCCAGGUUGUUGCUUCAUCAACUGUCAGCAGAGCAUGCAAUGAGCUGUGGGGAUAUUAUACUACCAUAUAUUAUUUCACAGACCGUUUCAUCAAAAAUAACUUCAGAUCCUGUUGCCGUUUCCGUUUUGCGUUUGUUGAAGAAGGUAUUGAUGUAUAAUUUAGCUUACUGUACCUCCUUGAAAAGAUUAAAAUGGGUCAGCAUUCUGAUAAUGCAUAAGAAAAAAUGUUUGUCAGUUUCUUCAAUUUUUUUCACAGUUUUAUAUACAAAAAUACUAUAACAUAGAUGCCCUGUUUAAUACUGAUCUAGACAUUUCAAUUUUUACCCAGAUUGUAGAGAUUUUCAGCACCCAGCUCCCUGUCUAUUUUCUUGGGCAUCUUCUUGGACCUGGCUCAGCUUUACUGGUUUACAGGUUUUCUCACUGCCCACAGGUAUUACCUUGUGAUCAUUUUAUGCAUUUAGCCCUUUACAGGGCAGAGGUACUUCCUCUUGCAUGUCCUGAACGGGCACCACUUUUCUGUUUUUUAGUAAAAUUUAGGGUUAAGUUACAAAAAAAAUCAAAUCUAAGGUUUUAGUCAACAAAUUUGUGUGAAAUAAAAAGCAAAAUAAAGGAAAAUGAAUGCCGAUUUAUGAUUGUACUCACAUUUUGCCAUUAAUCCUUAUAUAAACACAAAUAUUUGCAAAAGCAACAUAUUGUUUGUGAUUGUGAGUCAUCUAUUUACUAUUUACAAACACUGCAACAAAGUUGAAGUUUGUAAAGUUGAUUUCACUAAUAUUACUAAAUGUCACUUUAAUGUUAAUGUUGUUAAAAUGUAUAUGGUUUAUUGUAAUUUAUUUACAAUCAAUUCGUGCACUUAAAUGUCACUUUAAUGUUAAUGAUUCCAGCGAAAUCUCCGCUAUCACUUGAAUAAUCGGCAAAAUCCAUUUCGACAAAAAAAAAUGUUUAAACCACUAAAACAAAAAAAAAUCGAUUAAAUACUUGUAACUGGCGCCUACUCUAUUUAGCUAUCGGAAAAAAUGGGUGUAAACAAUAGGAAGUCUCGGAAAGCCUCGGAGGUCACGAGAAAACAACACUAAGUUGUCACGGACGCUUUGGGGCAUUUUGCCCUUUAAGUGGUAAAGACGUUUUCGGCCGCUCUGCCCCGUAAAGGGUUAAACAACUUGUGACUUUGAAACUUGUUUGAAUUAUUGUUUAUUUUUAGUAUUAAAAAAAUAAAUAAGAUUAGGUACCACAAAAGAUUAAGUUGUGAAAUAUUUCAUUACAAUAAACCAUAUACAUUUUAACAUUAACGGUUAUGAUAAAACUUUGAGAUUCCAGGAGACAUUUUAUAAAGUUUCUUUAAAUUAUUUAGUCUUUUUAUUGUGUUUUCAAAUUUUAAAUAUUUUGUAUCAGGUGCUCACAGAAAUGAUGGCGGUUUAUCAUUCACUUUUGGCCUUGAAAAGUGUACCUCUUCUUGAGGAAGCAUACAGGUAUGACAUAAUGUUAUUUAUGUUUCUAAAGGAAAAAAAAUCUUCAGGUUUUAAAAAAAAAAUAAUAAAAAUCAUAUUAUUUAUAUUUGUAUUUCUGAACAGACUGGUACUGAGUGACUUAGAAGUUGGAUUCAACAUAUUGCUUCAUCAAGGCCAACAGAAACCUUUGCAGCUAGUUACAGGGGAAAACCCUUUUAGGGCAAGUCACUACAGCCUCAGACAAGCCCAACAGGCCAUUAUGUUUAACAUUGGAGCAUUGACAGAGAUAGCCAAUACUAAGAGUAAUCUGAUAGGGGUAGGUUACAUUUAAAAUAUGAUGAAUGAUUUUAUUUUAAGAAGAUAAUAUCUCAUAAUAUUGUUUUUAAAAAUAUAUUAAUAAACAAAUUAAAAGUUGUAUUCAAAUUAUGAAUGUUUGUUUCAUUGCUUAUAAUAAAGUUCAGAGCCUCAUACUCUCAUAUCACUAGACUGACAAGAUUUGGUCUAUAUGGCUCUAAUAAAAUGAUAUUUUUAUAAAAAGUUUGUAUAAAUAGCAUAAAGCUUGCCAGCUAUUAAGUGAAAUAAAAUAUUAAAUAUUUUAUUAGGUUAAUAUGGCAUGAAUGUUUUUAAUAGUUAUUUUGACUAUACAUACAUGAUUUCUUUAAAUAAAUAAUAAUUAUAAUUCAAAAGUUUGUAAACCUGCAUACUUUUUAAAAUCUGAAUACUUUUUAAAACCUGAAAGGGUUAUUAUCUUCUUAAAAUAAAAUCAUUCAUCGUAUUUUUUUAUAAGACAGAUGUGUAUUGCUAUUAUUUAAAAAUGUUAACAUUGUCAGCUUACAUCUUAGUAAUUUAUCAAUCAAGAUAGAAAAUUUUCAUAUUAAAAGAAAGAAAAAAAUUUUAAGUUGACUUUAAACCUUCUUUCUCGUAUAAAGCAAUGUACUUAAUAAUUUAUUAUUCAUGCUUCAAUUUUCAGAUGUGGGCUCUUUCCCCUAGCAUAUUCACCCUCCUUUCCUCCAACUUGUUGUUAAUUGACCCUUGGAUGAACAAGUACCAAGCUCAAGUGGUCUACACAAUCCUGCAUGCCUUUUAUUCACACUGCAACAGGUAAUUUGAUCUUGUAAAAGCCCAUUGGAGUUUAAUAUACUGUAAGUGUAUUAAGUAACUAUGCUAUUUUACUUUAUUCCUUUUUUGUGUUUUAUUAAAACAAGGGUCUCAAUCUGAAGCUGCUUGAAGGUCUUUUUGAGGGAACCCGAGGCAUCUAUAUCCUAUAUUAAAAUUAUAUUUUUGUAUCUCUUAUCAAUAUUUUUGGAUCAAUUACUGUGCCGAUUGCAGAAUGAACUCUAUCUCAAGAUUUACAUUUUUUUAUAUUUGUUAAAAGACAUGCUAACUUCAUGUCAAGUAGUAUACUGCUGUCACCGCCUGGUCAACUGGACAUUACAAGACUUGCCACGAUGAGCCAGGCCACAAACAAAAACUUGUCUGAAAUUCUCAGGAUUAUUGUCACACUGCUAGAUAGUGAAGAAACUGCUUUUGACUGCAGGUAGCACUUUUUGAUUGAGUAUUUCUUUAUUGGUUAAAAAUAAAAUGAUAUGUGUUCCAUACAAUAACGCAUUCUGUAGAAUAAAGAGAUAUGUAAAUUGAUUCAUUCAAAUCCUUGUCCAUUGAAGUUCAAUCUUAAAAUUGUGAGUCUUAAGCUUCAUUAAAACUUGUAUUGAAGUAGAUUUCACAUAGGAAACUGCUUUAGUUAUAUUAGCAAUAUAUGUAUAUGAUAAUGUGAUUUUUAUUGGGAUCAGAUCUCAGUAUACAAGAAAGGUUCCAAUAAUCUUUGUUGUGUUACUUAUCAACAGUUAUAAAAACUUAAGCUUUAGAAGUAAAUAUUAUAAAAUCAAUUUUCUAUAACAUUAGGUGCCUCUUGAUGAAGUGGACAUCUGAUAUCAUAGCUGGGUUAACUUCAACACCCAACGUCUACACAACACCAGCUCUGAGCAGUUUUAUCAAUUCAAUCAUCAUGCAAGGUAACGAAUCUUGUUGGUAUUCACAGCAUGAUGAACUUUCUAAAUUGUUUCAUUUUAAAAAAAAAAACUUGAGGCUCCAUAUUAUUUUAAUGAAUUAAGUUAUUUUUUAAAAUUCUAUAAAGGAUACCAUAGAGAACAGCAGAUUCUUCAGUGCUCAGCCCAGUGUCUCAAAUCAAUGUACAAAACUGCCACCAACUUUGCAGAGAGCACAACAAAAAAGUAAGUUGUUAUUAAAUACAUUUUUUUUUUUAUAGUAAAACUAUUAUUGCCAUAGCGUCUUAAAAAUGUUGGCGAAUCUUCAUUAUCUGAAUCUACAAACAACUACAUUCACACGACACUGAGUAGUAGUGAGUAUCGAGGACAGAGAUUUAAGAGCACCGUUAUUUGCAAAAGGCUGUUUUGCAAGGUGCUACUGUAUAUAUUUAGGGCUCUAAAUGUCUUGAAAAUAGUUCUAAGAUCUCUAUAUUGUUUACUAUUUCUAGGUGUAUGGAGCUAUGUGUCUACAGGCUGAGUGAUACUAGAAAGACAGUUCGAGAAUCUUUCCUGUCUCUUCUUAAAAUUUUGCCUCUUGACAAGAUUCUGAAGUAAGCUGAUUUAUUCAAAUCCAUUUAAAUUGUAUACAUUUUUGAAAAGUAAUCACAUUUUAUUUUAUUUUUUUUAAAUUUUAAAAGAGAGAAAUGAAUGUGAAUGAAUGCUUGAUUUAUAAUGCAAAAAUAUUAUUUCAAGCUCAGAAAAUGAAUUAUGUAUAUGAUGCUUAACUAUUAACGCUUAGUGUUCACUUUUUUCUACUACAGUAUGGCUUUGUUUGAAGGAGAAGAGGAAUGGAUGUCCAGUGAACGUAAAAACAAAGAAGUGGGUUUGACUGCUGCUUGGCAUGUUAGGAGAGCUCAUAUGGCCCAUGCCCCGACAGGAAACUUCCAUUCUCACAACUUCAGGCAUAUCAUGGCAUUCAUACUGAAUGGAACUCAGCAAAGGUAGGUAUUUUUCAUUUGGAUAUGGCAUUAAGUAUAUCUUCUCUUACUUUUACUGUAGUCUGGUUAUCCUACUGACCCGGAUAUAAUUGAUGUAUAAGACCUUCAGAAAAAAAUUGGUAAUGCAAACAAUUUUCUUUAUUAUCUAUCUAAUAUGAAAUUUAACAUUUUUUAAGGCUUUCUCAAAAUGAUGACGGAUUUAUUUAUUUGAUGUUAAUCAGUGCUUUGAUUGAAAUUUAGAUUUUUAAAAAAAUACUCUUUACCUAGUCAAAAUGGCAGCUAUCACUGGCUUGAGGCCAUGUAUCAUGCAAAGCAGAGAAAUGGAAAAAGCAAAAUGCGCAGUGAUUUAUCUGUUAACCUCACUGAUAUUGUAAGUAGCUUGUAUUUAUUAUGCUAUAAUUGUUGCUCUCUAUUCUCAAGAUAUAUUGCCUGAAAUUUUAUAAAAUUUAGAUUUAAUUAAGAAAAUUAAUUAAAGAAAUACAUUUAUUUUUUUUUAUCUUUGUGAAUUUUCCUUAUUCCAUCUACAUUAGGAAAUCUAUAAUUAAUGGAGCAAUAAAAUCAAAGUUUGUUAAGAUUUGGUGUCUGUUGUAUCAGCAUUUAUUGUUUAAAAUGAUGAACUGUUACAGAUUGACAACAACGAAUCUUUGUUGUGGUUUUGGGCAACCUGGGAAUGUGCUCAAUUUGCCAUUCUGUCCCGUUUGAGAACACCACUUGGCAAGGCUCCAGAAACAUUCAUGGCCAUUGAGGGUGUGAUUAAAGCGUUUGCUGCUGAAUCCCAGAACUUUAACAAUUUAGAUGAUGUUCAGGAGAAACGAGACAGUGUCAGAGGUAACUGAAAUUUAAAUUGGAAAUAUCUCCUUUCACACAAAUAUUUAUUUGGCUCUAAGUGAAGCUAGUUAUUGGGAAACUGAAAUUAGUAUAGAUAACAUGUCAUUCUUGUCAUAAAACACUACAUUUUUUUCUAAUUUUGUAUGACAAAACUGUUGUGCGAUGAUUUUUAAAUAGACUCUACUGAUGGUAUCUUAAAUCUUAUACUUAUCCAUUUUCCUAUCUUUAAAGUGUGUUUUUUAAUGGGCAGUUUUUGGCUGAAACUUAUUUAGAAGCAUAAUUACCAUAUAGUAUUACAUAUCAUGGGAGAAAUAAGUGUUAAAAAUUCAACUUUAAGCUAUUUAUUUGCAUUAUAUGUUCAUGGGCUUCAUCAAUCUUUCAAUAAGUAAUAUAUUUAGGCAUUUUUUUUAUAUAGCGCUUACCUUAAAGCUCUAAGCGCUUUACAAUUAUUAAAAACAUGUAAACGAAGUAAAAUAAAAAAUGAGACACUAGGCUAGUAACUACUAUACUAUAGAAACAAUUAAAAUGGCUAUAAAACAAGGACACUUUGGCACGUUUUUGCCUAUAAUACAGGAUCAACCCGAGACAGAAAAUGAGGCAGGGCAAGGAGGGUGCAUCACAGGUCAUAGGCGGACCUAAACAGAUGGGUUUUAAGGGACUUUUUAAAAGUGGAUGAGGUUUCACAAUUACGGAUAUGGAAGGGGAGCUGGUUCCAGAACGAGGGCCCGUGGAAGUAGAAGGAUUGAGAGGGUUCUAUUGUCAAUGGAAGAGCGUAGUUGUCUUGUGGGGAUGUAAGGAAGCAACAGUUCAGAGAGAUAGACAGGAAAGUGAGGGUCUGUGAAAGAGUUGAAGCAUAGAUUGGCAUACUUGUACUUGAUGCGAGAGGAUAUUGGAAGCCAGUGGAGUUGCUGCAUGUGUGGUUGAAUGUGGUCAUGUCUCUUUGAUUUAAAAAUGAGUCUGCAAGCUGAGUUCUGUGCUUGAAGUUUGUCUAUGUGGUGUUGAGGAAUGCCUGCGAGAAGAGUGUUACAGUAGUCAAAUUUUGAAAGAAUGAGUGAAGAGAUGAGAGUUUUUGUAGCAUCAAAGGAGAGGAGGUGUCUAAUGGUACUGAUUUUUCUAAUUUCGUUGUAUGCUGAUCUACAUAUAUUCGUGACAUGUUUGUCCAUGGAGAGUGUGUCUGUAAGCGUGACUCCAAGGUUUCUGGCAGAGGAAGAGAGUGUGAUGUCAGAGUUGCCAAUAGAUAUAGAAGAAGGAGCGGAUGGAGGGAGAGGUUUGUUUUGAGAGUGGAUGAGAAGGAUUUCCGUUUUAUCAUCAUUUAGCUUCAGUUUGUUGCAAGUCAUCCAGCGCUUUACGUCGUCCACGCACUCCUGUAUGCGAAGGAUUGUGGCAUCAAGUUGAUCAGGAAAGCAAGAGUCACUGAUUUGAUUGUCAUCAGCAAAGGAUUGACUGGAAACUGAGUGGUGGUUAAUGAGAGAUGAUAGAGGUUUAGUGUAGAGGAUGAAAAGGACCGGUCCAAGGACCGAUCCUUGAGGAACUCCAAUAGACAGGGCUGAAGGUUUGGAAGAGCGGUUGGAAAUAAAGACUGUUUGAGUUCUGUCAGAAAGAUAUGAUUGAAACCAGUUUAAAGCUGAGCCAGUAAGUCCGAAAGAAAGUUGAAGGCAGUCAAGAAGAAUCUGGUGGUCAAUGGUAUCAAAUGCACCAGAGAGAUCUAACAGAGUGAGAAUAGAGAGUUUGCCAUUGUCCAUCGCGCACAGGAGGUCGCUCAUGACUCGGACCAGUGUUGUUUCUGUGCUAUGACCAAGUCGGUAGGCGGACUGGGAGGAAGGAUAGAGAUUGCGAGAGUGAACAUAGUCAGAGAGCUGAGAGAGUAUGAGUUUUUCUAUGAUUUUUGAGAGAAAGGAGAGGUUGCUGACGGGGCGGUAAUUCUUGAGUGUGUUUGGAUCAAGUGAGGGUUUCUUUAGGAGUGGCAGGACUAUUGACCGCUUAAAAAUGGGAGGGAAGAUGCCAGAGAGAAUCGAAGAAUUUAUGAUGGAGGUGAGUGCUGGUAGGAGGACGUCAAGGCAUUCUACAAGCAGUGGGACGGGGAUCGGAUCGAGGGCACAAGACUUGGGAGCAGACCUGAUGAUGACUCGCCUCACCUCAUCCUCAGUCACAGGCAUGAAUCUAUCAAAUGAAUUCUGUCUGACUAACGUCCUCCGAGAACGGUGAAAAAAUAUAUACUGAUGUCUAUACUACCAAAUCUACUUGACACACUCCCAUUCCACUCUAAUUGUAUGGCAUCUUUCCGUCUGCUGGUGACGAUAGAUUAUCUUUAUUGCUUGCAGCUCUUGGUGUGGUUGGUGAGACCAAUCCUCGAAUGGCAGUCUCUGUUGCAUUUCCCACACACGAAUGCGGUGGAGCAGUAUUUACCGGGCUUCCUCCUUGCUCUUUUUGCAGCUGUUUCCGCCCUGUUUUGCUCCUCGGCAUGUAGUGAUCCUGCCUUCAUUAUGCCCCGCCAUGAGGAUCGAUUCGCUGCCAGCUCCUCCCAGUUUGAGUUGUCGAUGUUGGCUGACUUCAUGUCUCUUUUGCAUAUGUCUAAGUAUCUCAGACAAGGCUGUCCAACUGACCUUUUCUCUGUCGCCAGCUUGCUGUAUAGCACGUCCUUUGGUAUGCGACCAGGUUGCAUUCGCUUGACGUGUCCAAGCCAGCGGAGGCGUCUUUGGAUUAGCAUGGCUGGGACGCUACACAUGUUUGUUUGGGACAGGACAUCCGUGUUGGGGACUUUGUCUUGCCAUUUAAUGUCAAGGAUGUGGCGCAGGCAUCUGAGGUGGAAGCCAUUGAGCCUUCUUUCGUGGUUAGAGUAUGUGGUCCACGACUCGCAUCCAUACAGGAGUGUGCUCAGUACGCAGGCCUGGUACACCUGCAGCUUAGUUCUUGUUGUGAGUUUGGCGUUUUACCAGACUCUUUUCUUAAGUCUGGCCAUAAAAGUUGCGGCCUUCUCUAUCCUUCCACUUAUCUCAUCCUCCAUUGAGAGGGUGCUUGAUAUGUUGGAUCCAGUAUCCAAGUCGUAGUCGUCGAUGGCGAUAGUGGGGAGGGAGUCAGCGCCCUGUGCCAUAAUGUUAGUUUUCUUUAGGCUAAUUGUCAGGCCAAAAUCUUUGCAGGCAGCAGAUAGGCUGGGUACGAGGCUCUGCAGGCUGUCUGCUGUGUGAGAUACCUAAGCGGCAUCGUCCGCAAACAAGAACUCCCGCAGCAAGACCUUUCUUGUUUUAGCUCUAAGGCGGGCAAUGUUGAAUAAUUUGCUGUCAGCUCUAGCUCUGUUGUUCUUAAAGGCAUACUGGAGUAGGUUGGAGAAAAAGAUUGCAAAUAAAGUAGGAGCCAGCACGCAACCUUGCUUUACUCCACUACCCACUGGAAAAGCUUCUGAGGCGGCACCGUUAUAGCACACUGUGCCCUGCAUGUUUUUGUGGAACUGCUUGAUGGUGUUAAGCAGUCGUGUAGGGCAGCCUAUCUUUUUGAGGAUCUGAAACAGGCCGCUUCUGCUGACAAGAUCAAAAGCCUUAGUGAGGUCGACAAACGCAAUGUAUAAAGGCAUAUGUUGCUCCCUGCAUUUCUCCUGCAGCUGGCGUAGAGAGAAGAUCAUGUCUAUGGUUGACCUACCGGCGCGAAAACCACAUUGCGAUUCUGGGAGUACACGCGAUGCUAGGGAUUAAUAUUGUUAUACAUGAGAAAAUAAGGUAAUUUUACAAAUUCUGAAUAAAUUUAAAUUAUGUUAUUUUAAUUCUAUUAGGAGAGAAAGUUGGUGAGUUCGUCUGUCUGCAACGAGUCCACCUGCUGAUGAACUUUAUGGAACAUCUUGACAAACUUCUUUAUAAUGCUUAUGAAGGUUGUUCUGUUGCCAUGCCCAGUGUUCACAAGGUAAGAUACAAGCUGAAAUUUCAUUGAAAUUUUAUUUUAGUAUAAUUUUAAUGGUCAAAUUACAACAGUAAUUAAUAAAAAAAAAUCAUGCCCAUAUUUUUUGUAAUAAAACGUCAUGAUAUACCACUAAGAAAUACAUGUGUAGUAAAGAUAAAGUGCCUGGCACGAAUAUUUUCCAGAGUGCUUUGUUUGAGCAAGAUUAGUACACGUUUCAUCUCGAGACUCAGCACUUAUCUGUAGUAUCUUUAUGUUAUUAAACAAGAAAUGGAAAGGGAUUGGGGGAGUCUCAGAAUUUUAUUUAUAAAAUAUUCUGAGGAUUUAAUUUUAUUAAUGUUUUUUAUCACUCUCAGGUAGUCAAGACAUUUUUCCGAACAAACCGCAACACCUGCCAAGAAUGGUUAUCUAGAAUACGCAUGGCCCUUCUCACCAUAUCCACCCACUGUGGCAUGUGGGCAAUGGCUGUACGUCAGGCUUAUGAAUUACUGAGAGAUCUAGAGGAUGCAGGGACAACACAGGUAAGUUUGAAACACCAGCCUGUAAAUUAAAUGUUAAAUGUUAGAUGUUAAAUGAUCAAUACAUUUCUUUAUUAUGGGUUUUAAAGAUGAUUAUGGGUUGUUGGUUAAUAUGCAGUAAUGAUCAAAUUUCAUUAAUUAUUUUUAUUUAGCCAAACCAUAAUUAAUAAUAACACAAAAAUAAUUUUAAAGUAAUGAAAUUUCUACUAUAGGCCCUAUUCAUAAAAUUCUUGUAUUGAAAAAUAGAGUCUAAAGUUGAAAGUUUAUUUUUUUCUUCGUGAAGUAACACAAAGCAAUGCAUUUUCCUGAGAAAUAAAAGUGCAGAAAUCACGGGUUCAUCUCAGAAAUUCUCCCCCCUUAACAAAUAUUUAAUACCUAAUAUGAACUUGGGGAUAAAACCAAUAAUAGUUUUGUUACAUACCGUUAUAAGGCUUUAAAAAUGUAUUCCUUUUAAAGAUUUGGCUUGUUAGAAGAACACCACAUAAAAAAAGACAAACCAGUGUACUAAGAAAAUGAUACCUAAGCUAGUCAGAUUUUCAAUACUCAAAUUUAUUUAAACUAACAUAUCUGAUAUCAUAACUACCAAUUAAAAUAAAUAGAAAAAGAGAAAAGGAAAAAAAAAAAAUCACUUAUAGCACAUGUUCUAGUAAUAAAAGAUGGAAAAAAUAAUCCACACACUUAGUGACAAUAUUAAUCCAUAGAAGUAAUAUGAAAAGUAAAAAAUAUUAAUCCAUACAAGUAAUAGGAAUGGUGAAACUAUAAUCCACACAAGUAGUAAAGGUGAAAAUAUUUAUACACAUGCUCACAGUGCUGUACCAACCCCACCCCACCUUUGAUUGGGAAAAGGUCAUUGAUAAUCUAUUUGUUCUAAAGAAUGCUGUUGGUCAUAAGACUUCUAGAAUUUCUUCUCUGGAGUGUUUUAACUUUCUCCCUAUACUAUAAAUAAGGUGGCAGCUUUCUGAGCCAUGAGAGAUUGUUGCUAUUUUUCCUAGACACUUACAGAGCAUAAUAUACUUACAAUAUUGUACUCUUUAGAUUCAAUUUUAAACAGAUUAAAUUUACAAAAACCAUAUAACGGUACGUAAGAAUAUGUAUAUAAAAAGGAAUGUAACUCUUUUAGAUGUAAUUUAAUUUAAAAAUUAAUUUAAAUCUAAGGCUUUUUUUUUUUUUAAAUACCAAAUGAAAAAAUGUUGGUUGGUCCAAGCUUGGUCUGAGGCAUAUUCAAAGUCAAUUCAGUGUUAACCUGAAUAUUUUCCAGAGUGCAGUGUUUGAGCAAGCCCUUGUGUACCUGGUGCAGGCCUUGUGUGAACUGAAUGCCCCUGAGAGUAUUGUUGGACUCUAUCAGAUAUUCAAAGAUUCCACCGGGAGGUCCAUGACCUGGAUUCUUGCUGCUGCAGAGAAAGCCAACAAGAGGUAUAGUUGUACUGUGCUUUCAAUGGAAUUAUUUAUUUGCUUAUAAUUAAUUGACACUACUCAGUUUAAACUAAGAGAUUACAAUCCUAUAUAAUGCAUCAGUAAUUAUCUAGAUUUUAAAAUAGUUUUUUUUUUUUAAAUAAUAAUUAUUGUGCAUGUUAUUUUUUAUAGGUAUGAAAAAGCAGCCACAGAAUUCCAGAGCUCUAUGACAGCAUUGAUGUUGGGUGAAAGCAGUGACAUGGGUGAGGACCUUGAUUCUUUACACUCGCCCAGAGGAAGUCCCAGGCACAAAGAGAACCCUAAGUUUACAGGACUGAACAGUGGAAAAGCUAACAAAUCAUUCCUACCUGCUACUGUGAAUUUUGUAGCAAAUCAGGUACAAUGUAAUAAUUUUAAUUAUUGUUGAUUUGAUGCUUCAAGAUGAUCGGCUGAAAAAUAAUACUUUAAAGUGUGUUUUAUUGGAUCUGUAUUGUAACAGGAAAGUGCAUUUUUCUCUGCUUCAUGUCCCAAUGAAUCUUGCCUGUAAUACAGCGGUUCUCAACCUGUGGGUCACGACCCUUUUCCAGGGGUCGCCUAAGACCAUCUGAAAAUACAUUUACUAACAGUUACGAAGUACGAGCGAAAAAAAAUUGUGUGGCUGGGGGUCGCCGCGACAUGAGAAACUGCCUUAAAGGGUCGCGGCAUUAUGAAGGUUGAGAACCACUGCUGUAAUAGCUUCAAAACUCUCAAUGUUGGUGUGGGGGGGGAAUGUGUAAAUAUAGUAGAGAAAUAAGUCAAAAUCAAAUAGUUAUCAAAACAUUUUAGCUGAGCACAUCAGGUGUUAUAAUAAACUAAACAUAAAACUUCAAUGUUGGGUAGGUGACUGACUGCUAUAUGAGACUGUGUGAUUGGGCAUCCAUUGUUCAGUGGCAAGAGUCUAUGGCUCAGAAGCAUCAACAAUGGCAGGCAGAUGGAACAACCACAGGAGGCAUCAUCAAGUUCACUGUGGAUAUCAAUUAUAUUAAGUAUGUUUCCUUUUCUAAAAAGCUAAUACAUAGAUCACUCAUUUAAAUGUUGUGGGCUUUACACACAGCUGUACUUGGAAUUCCGUUAGAAAAUGAAUCCGUGUGGACUUUUUAAGUAUUGAAAGUAGUUAUCCUCCUUUUACAAGUAAAACAUUGUGUAACGUGUUGGCCUAACAGGGCAUGGCGAUAAACUUGUCAGUAUCAAUAUACCACAGGUAAUAAUAAUAAGUCCCCAAUGAAAUCCACAGAGCUCUAUCUGACUUUGAAAAAGGAAAUCUGGAAGGCAUUAAACAAAACCUGGAGCUCAUCCCUGGAAUGAGCCUGACAGAGAACAGCUGUCAGCGUCCAGAGGGAUGUGGGGGCCUCUCAAGCUGGGAUAUCAGAAGAGAGGAAGACCAGCUCCACCGGAUGUUCAUUAAGGCCUCAACUCAGUUGAUGGAACAGACGGAUACACUGUACAGGUAAGCCAUGAAGCCCAAUGAACAGUGUAGGUCAUCAUUGUCUUUUUUUCAGGUUUUCCCCUACUUUGUACUACUUGUGCCCUUUUUCUGAUCUGAUCGCAGUUGUCUUUUUCCAAGCCCCGGUUAUCUUUUUUAAUGAUUAGAGAAGCAUUCUUGUCCCAGAUGGGAAAUUUUGAUUAUGUUAUAUGCAUGAUAUUACAUUACAAUCUACCAGCAGCUAAUUGAUCAGUUUUAUUAUUUUAUAUCUCUAAAAUAUAUGGAUUUAUAAAUAAUAUAAAAAAAAAAAAAAAAAAAAAAAAUAUGUUUCUGGAAAAUAGAAUGUGAUUUUCUGAUAAAUGUGUUAUAUUUAGAACUGAUACAGUCAGAUGCAUUCAGCAAGCAGAGAGGCUUGGUGAUGGUUUGUUGAAAGUUUGUGCCAUGGACUGGCCACCAGCUCUUCUCCCUGAUUGUCUCACCCAAUUGGCCUCCCUUGUUGCCCUCAGAAAACAACUGGAUGCUCGUCAGAACACGGUGAGUUGUUUGUUUUGAUCAUUCUCUACAUGAUCAUUGGAGUUAUAUUAGACAUACAUCUUAAAAGUCUUAAUGUUGUUCCUAGGAUAUUUGAAGUAUUUAAUUUAACUUUAAUGAAUGUGAGAUUUGGUUUAUCUCUUUAGUUUCGGUGAGUUGUUUGUUUUGAUGAUUCUCUGUAUGAUCAUUGGAGUUUUGUUAGACAUACAUGAUGAAAGUCUUAAUGUUGUUCCCAGGAUAUUUUAAGUAUUUAAUUUUACUUUAAUGAAUGUGAGAUUCGGUUUAUCUCUUUAGUUACAAAUUGUUAUAAAGAUAUUAUCAAGGAAUAAUUAAGUUACUAUAUAAAAUAUGACGCCCAUUUUUGAAAAUUUGAAUUGUUUUUAAUCGAAGUUAUUGAUGGAUCCACAGACUAGCCUCAUUCCACUUUCAACAUGCCUAGACCCAGGAGUUGAGGAUGAUCUCAGUGUAUAUAACCAACUGAUAAGGACUAUUAACUUACAGCAAAGGUUGUUGGUCUGUGAUAAAUAUACUGGUAAGAAUAAAUGAGACCAUGCAUCUUGUACUAUAGCUUAUUUUCAACUCAAAAUUUAAAUCAUUGAAAAGCGAGGCAAUUUUAUUUCCAAAAUCAGUUAUAUUCCUAUCAAAAAUAUAUCACAUUCAUAAACAUUUGACGCAAAUCAAUGCUUUUAAUAAUUAAAUAUUUUACUUUAUUGCUUUUGUUAAUUUGUUAAGAAAAGUUAAGUAAUUUUCCAAAGCUUAGAUAAAAAGAUAACUCUGGAUGCCUAAUUUCUUUUCCUUUUUAGAACUCAGAGAACAGCUUUCAAACAUACAUUUGGCAGCUGCCACAGCAGCCAGAAAACAGCUGAAUGUGGCUACCGCUGAAGAAAUUCUACUGAGACAAGCUGGCUCAAUUCUCAGCACCCAGCCAGAAUCUCUCCUCACAGCCAUGACGAGCAUCAGGUCUAGAGCUAUUGCGGGAUGUUCCAUGCAAAAGGAAAUGCUGAAAAUGCAGGUAAACAAAAGUAUUAUUGAUUAAUAAAAUUGCUAUCAAAUUAACUUAAGUCUAGAACUGCCUCUCCCAACAUUUUGGUCACAUACCCUUUCAGAAGACAUUUUCUUUCUGCGUAACCCGAACUCUUAACAUCAGAAACUUGUUUUUUUCAAACAAGUUAAUUAAAAUGUAGAUAUAUCCACAAUUUAAAAAAAAAAAUUUUUUACUAGAAAACAUUGAUCCUAACAGUUCACUUUUAUUUUGUUAAAAGAAAGCAUACACAAUUCAAAGUGGAACAGAAAUUAAAUACCCAUUUUGGCUAGUGACUUAUGUAAAUCAAUCAGUCCAUUCCAAAAGCCAUUUAGUGAUAUAGCUUCAAAUUCUGUUUUUAUAACAGAGGUGCAUAGAUGUUCAUACUAAAGUAGAGACAACAACAGAUGUUUAUUUUGGUUGACAAAGAGGUUUUGCACCCAAUCUGUCUCUAGAAAGUACUCAUGAAUUUCUCAGGGUUUCUUUUCCAAGUGCUUUUUUUUUUUUUUUUUUUAAUUAAAUUUUUUUAGGAUUAUACCUUGUAGUUAUACCUUGUUGUUUUUUUUUGUUUUUUUUCUAAGUGUUUUUUUUUUUUUUUUUUUAAUUAAACUGUGUCAGGAUUAUACCUUGUAGUUAUACCUUGUAGUUUUCACAUUGACACAUUGAAUCCAAAAGUUAGAGCUGGUUUUCUAUGGUGAUAUUGUAUUACUCAGUGUGAAUGUGGUUGUAUAUUUCAAGUACAAAGAUGUAGAAAAUUUAAUUUGAUUUUGGAGAUUUUAUUUGAAACCUCUAUAAAGCUUUUGGGGACCUAAGGGCUCUGCAGAACACAGUUGGCGUACUGCUGGUUCUUUGAAAAGAAAUAAGAAGGAAAGGAAAUGAAACCUGUUUUAAAAUUUUGCUAUUUCAGAGAGAAGGGGCUAAACUCCUUAGAACAAUAGGCAAACAGCGGAGUUCUCUUGAUGUGCUAGCUGGCAGUGUUAUUGCUUCCAGUUGGCCAACAGAUGGAACAUCUAGCUGGACCCUGGAAACAGACUGUGCUCAGUUGAAUGCAAAGUCUUUAUUGACAUUGGUUAAGUGGUUGCAAGUAUGUACAUAAUAUCUACCAAUCAUGAAGAUCAAAAUUUCUUUUAAAAUAAAAUUAAUUGCUAAGUAUUAGUAGGCAAAGUUGGUAAUGAAGCUCCAUAAAUUAGUAUCAACAAAACAGAUAGUGCAGUAACUAUUUAAUUUACCAAACUGAUUAUGAAGUGACUUUAUUUAAUUUACAAAACAUUGUUGUCAAUGAUUUUUAAAAAAAUGUCCUUCACCUUGAAAUAAUAUUCAUAAUUUAGUAACAUAUGAGUAUCAUUUGUUAACUUUAAAGCUUUUAACUUAAGCCAAAACCAUGUUAACUUUCAAAUUUACUCAACAGGCUGACCCCAAAUUGUUGAGUUCAUUAACAACUCAGAUUGCUCAGUUUGGUCAGAAUAAUGAUUCAGUCCCUCCAUCUUCCCUUGUAUCUCAUCUGAGCAGUCUCCUAGACUUAGAGAAAAUUGCUGUCAGCUUGGGUCAGGCUAGUCUUCUUGAAUCUGGUAACUAAUUUUUCCUGAAUGGGUUUUAAAAUAUAUAUUUUUUAAAAUUUCACUUCUGAUUUACUUAGAAGGCAUCUUUAUUUUUUUUUUAGUGGCAAGUAUUUCUGAAAUAAGAAAAUUAAAUAAACUUAAUGUAUUUCAUAAAAUGACAUUUAAAUUUGGUCAAUUCCUUCUUUAUUGGGUUUCUAUGUGUAAUAUUUAUCUAUAAAAAUAUACAUGGCCUGCGUAAAAGCAUGCAUUUUUUAAACAUAUUUGGGUCAUACAUUUUUUUUUUCAAAAGUAUAACUCAUUUAUUUAUGUUCCUAUGUGGUUUCUUAAAGCAGCUAUUUGUAAAUGUAUGUUUAUGUGUCACCAACAUUUAUAUAUGAUUCUUUUAUUUAGGCACAUCCAUUGGAGAUAAUGCAAUGUUGCCAGACACAGAAGGUAUUAUUGGCCGCCUGCUACAUCUUAGCAGUGUGCAGAGCCCCAUUCUGGCCAAGUCCUGGUUUACACUUGCUGGAUGGUGUUACAAAUGGGGACGGAAAGCUGUGGAUAAUGCCAGGUAUGCUAAUUAUAAGUCUGAUCAGAAGUCUUAAUUUGGUAAUGUUGUAUAUUUUUCGAUUUAUUAUGGUUAGUAAACUACCACCUCUUUUCGCCAUAUAUGAUAAUUGAAAUAUUAGUUUCUCCUUAUCAUAAAGUUUGCUCUACCUUGUAUUAUCUUUCUUUUUUUUUAUCUAAGUGUUUCAGACUUAAGAAACUUAAUGAUUUUUGCUCAUGAUAUAUUGUCUCAUUUAUAAUUUAUAUUAUUUGCUAUUCAUUCAGCAAUGGCUAUGUCAAGCUGACUGAGGAUGAAGAGGCUCAAGUGCUCAACAUUUUACCUAAGGUUAGAGUUUGAAAUUCAUUUAUCACAGAAGCUGACAUGACAACAAUCUUCUUGUCAAAAUAACUUUAUGCUGUCUUUUCACUUUCAGUAAAUAAGUUUUUCCAAGUUUACCUAAUUCAGCUUUUGAAAUCAGUUACACACCUACAUGAUUCAAAUUUAAAGGCGAAAUAACAUGGAACUAUUGUUUGAUCAUUAUUAACAUAGAUAACAUUUCUAAAUUUCAACCAGGGUACUUCAAAGGAAGAAAGGGAAAAAGUUCUGUCUGUGUUGAGUCAGAUUCAUAACAUGGAAUCCAGUGAGGAGGAUAUCAUUGAUGAGGAUCAGGUCAGGAGCCUUUUUUUUACCCAUUGUCAAGUUUUCAGUGUAAACCAAUAAAAUGUUUUCCUCUUUAAAAAGGAAGCAAUAAAAGAAAUUGUAAAAAGAAGAGAGAAAAACAUCAGUACAUAUGACGCUGAACAUUGUAAACAUCAUUAUACAAAUUUAAGAUACAAAUUGUCUUGAAGGCUCAUGUCUCUGCUGUGUUUUUCCAUGGGGACAUUUACAUAUCAUUUAUGUGAGAAAACUUAUCAGCUCAAUUAAGUUUAUACUUAUUAUAUUAAAAGACAAAAACAUCAUUACCUGCUUACCUUGUCAGAGCAUGUAUGAUGAUGGAACUGAGACCACAAGGAAACAACUGCUGGCCUGUUCACUUUCACUGGUUGGGGCUCCAGACUUGUGUGUGGAAAAAUUGCUGGUAGUUUGGAGAGGUGUUGUCAAGAGAGUCUACCACUAUUACCAGCUGUCUGCUAAAGCUUAUUUCACUUAUCUCCAUGUCAAUGGACUGGUAAGAUCAAUUUGAUUUGUACACUGUGAGAUUUUUUUUCUGAAAAGAAUAAGUAAAAAUAAAAUUUCCCUACUAAGUUUUAAAUGAAUCGAGUAAAAUGCAUAUUUUUGGAUUCUCGCAAAAAUUACAUUUUUAAUUAAAAUUUCAUUUAUUCCUUAGAGUGACAAUGUUGACAACAAAGGAGGCAACAUCAUUUCAACUCUGAGGUUGCUGCGACUCUUAGUCAAACAUGCCUCUGAACUUAGAGAGGUCUUGGAGACUGGCCUUUCACAGACCCCGACUUCACCAUGGAAAGGUAGAUUUUAAAAAUAAAUGACUAGUGUCUAUGCAGAAGUUUGGAAUCUAGCUAAUCAGCUGUUUCAUAUCAUGAACUCUGGAAGUGGUAAAUGCAAAUGCUUAUUAAGGAUGUUAAACCAUAUUCAAAUUUCUAUUUCUUUCUUAGUUGAUAUCCAUCUAAGACAAAUUUUAUUGUGAUUUUAAACAAUUAUUUCCAAUGUAAAUAUCAAUUUGGUAUUGUUUAAUAUUUUUCAAUUUAGAAAUAUUAAUUAAUUUUAAAAAAAGCUUUUUUUUUUCCCAGGAAUUAUUCCCCAGUUGUUCUCACGUUUGAGCCACCCAGAAAGUUAUGUUAGACAAAGUAUAUCUGAAUUGCUGUGCCGCAUAGCUUUAGAUGCACCACAUCUGAUAGUAUAUCCUGCUGUUGUUGGAAGUUCUUCAAAAAUUCAAGUUAAAAUACCAGUACAGAAAGGUAUAUUUUUUUUUAAAUUUCAAUAUUUUGAUAAAUUGUUAAAUUUGAAAAAGAUUACUCGGCAUGGCUACUAAAUAAUACAAGCUAGUUAAAGAAAAAUGCUAAUUUUCUUUCAUCUGAAAAAACAUGAAACCAAUUAAAUACAUUUUCAUGCCUAACAUGUUUGUAGUUGAUUGUUAAAUAGAAAAUGUGAUAGCACUUACAUAAUAUUAAUAUGCAAUUAAAGAUAAGGAUUUUUAAUUUUUUUUUGCAUCUUAUAAGGAUUUCUGAAACCAUUCUUGUCACAAGAAGAGUGUCAGGAAGAUGAUGAUUUGGUUCCUGAGUUAGAAGAUCCAGUUUGUGUUGUGGAUGAUGAGGAAAUCGAUGAAGGCUCCAGCCCUGAACUUCAGGCUUGCCUGUCUUCCAUUGUAGAAACUUUGUCAAAACUUAACCCACAGUAAGCUAAAAGUUUACAUCUGAAAUGAAAAGUAUUUCUACUAUACAAAAGCUAGAUGAAGAUGGUUUAUUUUUCUAAUCAAACUUAUGGUCCUGAUACCAUUUAAACAGUAAAGAAAUUAUGAAACUGAAAAAGAAAAAUUUAAAAAGAAAUGUUCAGAAAUUAAAAUUUUCUCUUGGGAAAUUAAUAAAAUUUGUUAAAUUUUAACCAUUGGAAAAAAAAGCCUCACACAUUUAAUGUCUGCCUUAAUCCCUUUAGAAUGAUUGCGGAGGUUCAACUGAUGGUCCAGGAGCUGCGUCGUAUCACACUGCUGUGGGAAGAACUGUGGCUGGGAACACUGAACCAGCACCAGGCUGAUGUGCACAAGAGGCUGGCACAACUUGACGCUGAAAUUAAAAGAGUUGAGGCCAACAAGUCUCUGUCAAAAGCCAUGAAGACAACCGUUAUAAAAGAGAAACACAGGACCAUCAUGAAGCCGGUAAGAUUUAUGUCAGAGUGGAUGAUGAUCAUGGGUUAAAACACAGAGAGUUAUAUAGAGUGAGGGGAAGAGCAUUUUACGAGCAGUUUGAAUUAGAGUGGAAAUACAAACAAAUUUAAAUUCCAGGUUUUAUAACAUCUGUUAAAUAUGUGAGUGAUAAACCUUCAGAUGGAAACAAGAACAUCGACCCAUUGAAAUGGAAAAUUCAAUUCAAAACAUCACUUCAUUUAUAAAAUUAAGGAUUUUUUGUAAAUAAGUGCAAUUUUUGUUAAGUUCUGAACUUGAAUGAAACUCUGUUAUUGUCCCUUCAAGACAUUGUACACCAUGGAGCAUCUCAAUGAGAUUACAUCACAACCAGCGCAGACUCCCCAAGAGAAAAGUUUUCAGUUUUCUUAUGGUAAACAAAUCAAUGCAGCUUUGCAGAGACUGCGUGAGCCUCCAGAUCCAUCAAAUCCUCAGGAUACCUGGAGUCUAUUCAAAUGUGUAAGUUUAGGUGUCAGUGCAGUGCAUGCAGGGAAUAAAAACAUGGUGUUAUAAACAUUUAUUUAGUGUUUGAAAUUAAUGAAUACUGAAUAUCUUUUAAAAACUAGGUUAAUUUCUGCACUACCAUCCAACAAAAAUAACUAAUCAAAAUUAGUCUGGCUGCAAGGGAUUUUUGUAGUCAUGGUCAAUGAAUUAAAUUUGCUGUAUAGUUAACAAUUCUCUAAUUCUUGUUUAAAAUUCCCAAAUCCUAACCAAGCUCCAUGCAGACACUCCAAUUAAACUAAAUGCCAGAAGAGGGUAGUCAUUAAAAACAAAAUUCACAAUAGAAUUUUAGGAUAAUGUAUCAAAAGUUCCUAUUUGCAGCACAACAAAUUAGUUGUUCUUAUUUUCCAGAUCCAUCAUAGUCUCCAGCAACGUGCACAGAAGAGAAACAGUUUGCAACUAAAGAUGGAAGACAUUAGUCCAAAACUGGCUGCCUUAACUAAUUCUGUCAUUCCUAUGCCAGGCUUGACUUCUGCAGGAAAGGUAGAAUACAUUUAACUCAUAAGUGCAUAUAAACAGUAGUAGCCUAAACUGUUUUAUUUUUACCUCAUUGGUAUAUCGUAGUUGUAUGUAUUCAUUUUAUAUUUUUGCCUCAUUGGUAUAUCAUAGUUGUAUAUAUUCAUUUUAUAAUUUUUCCUCACUGGUAUAUCAUAGUUGUAUAUAUUCAUUUUAUAUUUUUGCCUCAUUGGUUAAUCAUAGUUUUUUAAAUUCAUUUUAUAUUUUUGGUUUUGUGGCAUAUCAUAGCUGUGGAUAUUCAUAUCAAUAUUUUUCUAGAUUAUAACAAUUGCUGCUGUGCACAGUACAACACAGAUUUUGCCUACAAAAACUAAACCCAAGAAGCUCAUCUUUGUUGGCUCUGAUGGAAAAAAGUGAGUUUCUAUUUGUAUCGCUUUUCUGUUUCCUUAGUUCCUGGAGCAUGUUAACUAUUACAAUUAGGAAGCAAAAAAUAUCUUCAUUUCCUUAAAAUUUUAGACUGAUAUUAUUUGUUAUUAUUUUCUUCUUUUUUUUAGACACCCCUAUCUGUUUAAAGGACUUGAAGAUUUGCACCUUGAUGAACGUAUUAUGCAAUUCCUCUCCAUUGUCAACACCAUGUUUACACACCACAAAAGGUAAAGUGAAUUGACAUUGCUGAUUAAGAUUAUGAUUUAAAAAUUUUGUUCUUGAAAAAAAAAAGAGACUAAAAUAUUUUAUCAUAAUGUAAGAAAUUAGUAACCUUUAUUUUUUUAAAAAUUGUAUGCUUAACCCAAACAUUUACUAUUUAAUAUUAGGGGCUAUGAAAGCAGACAUUUGUACAGAGCAAGACACUACUCUGUGACACCUCUUGGCCCUCGGUCAGGUCUGAUUCAGUGGGUGGAAGGAGCCACUGCCUUGUUCAGCUUGUACAAAAAAUGGCAACAGCGUGAAGCAUUGGCCCAAGCCCUCAAACCUAUGAACAGUGCAAAUGCUGUUCAACCAGUUAUGCCAAACAUCCCCAGACCAAGUGAAGUUUUCUUUAAUAAACUGACUCCGGCUCUCAAAGAAAAGGUUAGACAUUAUUUCAUUUCAAUUUUUUUGUGGUCCAUUUUUAAUAAUACUGCAGUCUAAUAAGUAAUAAUUAUUUUGGGAGUUAAAAUUUCAGUAUAUAAUCCAGCCUUACCAGUUGAUAAGAUUAUCCUUGAAUUGGCCUGAUCCUUAUAAAAUCAUUCUCCCAUCAACCAACCUUCACCAAACUGUGAAUAUUCUCAGUUAUUUCAAAUGUCUACUUCAGGGUAUUGAUAAUGUUGACAACAGAAAAGAGUGGCCACUGAGUGUGCUUCGUAAAGUUCUAGAUGACCUCAUGGAUGAAACACCAGAUGAUCUGUUGUCCAAGUACGCUCUCUUAAUUAAACAUUUUCAGCAUUUAUAUAUAUCGCCAUUAUCCAAUAUAAGCUUAGAAGAAAUUUAUUUACAUCCUUUCACAUUUAAUUUAUAACUAUGUUAGUAACAUUUUAAUAAAUAUAUUUGUUUCUCUCCAGAGAAAUUUGGUGCUGCAGCUCAGGAGCUGGAGAAUGGUGGCAGGUGACCCAGUCUUAUGCUAGGUCAACUGCUGUCAUGUCCAUGAUUGGGUACAUCAUUGGCUUGGGGGACAGACAUCUAGACAAUGUCUUAGUUGAUCUUGCUACUGGCGAGGUAGGCUGUCAUGCAUUCUGUCAUUCAUUUUGUUCAGGCACAUCACACGGUUCAUUUCUAGAGUUCAGUAGACACUAGCGGUUAAGAUUAUUAAAUUGCCACAUGUUAGGUCUAUCAGUUUCAGAUUGGUAAAAUUACGAUAUGUAAAUAUUAAAGAUCAGACAGUGAAUUGUGUUUAAUAUGAUUAGAAGUAACUCACAAUAAAACCAUUAGAAAGGUUAGACAGGUAAUUAGCAUGCAGCCUAUGCAGCCUAUGUGAAUAUAGUACUGAUUAUGAAGAUCUUUCCAUUUUGUUUAUUAACUCUGCAUUCUCCAUUCACCUAGGUGGUUCACAUUGAUUACAAUGUUUGCUUUGAGAAAGGCAAAGGUUUGAGAGUACCUGAGAGGGUUCCAUUCAGAAUGACGGCCAAUAUAGAGACAGCUCUAGGACUUACUGGAGUUGAAGUGAGUUUAUACUAAUAAAGCUUUAAAUAGCAAUGGAAUCAACUGUUGGUCAAUAUUCUGUUGUAAAUGAUGAAAGUAUAAUUUUAUACAAAAUAAGAAUAUAUAAUGGCUUGAAAGCUAAGACUUCUUUUUCAUCUGACCAGGGCACAUUCAGAGUUUCCUCUGAACAUGUGAUGAAAACGAUGCGAAAAGGGAGAGAGUCUCUUUUGACCCUUCUUGAGGCUUUUGUCUAUGACCCUCUGGUUGAUUGGACCACUGGAGGGGAUGGAGGCUACACAGGGGCAUUCUAUGGAGGAGAAAUGGGUCAAGCUGGUGGUCCAGGAGGGGACAACAGACAGAGCAAACAACAGAUGGAGCGUGACAUUACAACAAGCAUGUUCUCUAUUCGACUCACAGAAAUGGAAUCAGCUUGGGCAAAAAAUAAGUAAGACUUUUUGCAGUUUGUUAACCCAUGAACUGUGGUCGGCCAAAAAAAUCGGCCGGAAUUAUAGCCACUUCCUUUUAUUAAUAAUUAAAUCAUCUUCCGGUUCAAGCUGUUUCGUGGUAAUGUGAAAAUAAAUACUUUUUAAUCCUAGUUUUAUAUCGCUGUUUUUUUUAAAGCUAAAAUGGAUGACGCUAUGGCUGGGCCUUCAGUGCAAGAACUAAUAGAAAUAUGUUUGAAAGCUUUUUAGGAGAGGUUUUAAGUGAUACUGAUGUUGAUUAUAACAUUUUUCAUGACAAUAUCAGUUGAGAUUAUUCUUUUCGUGAAUUUUAUACUAGUCUUAGUGAUAUUGAAGUAGGCCUACUGAGGCUACUGUUAGACUUCGAGCCAGGCCCGGAGGUUGGGCAAGAACUGACUGAAUUUUAGUCACAGAAUCUACAGAUUAUAGUUUAUAACUAAUAAGUUUUAUAGUUAAACAAACCAAAUCAGUUCCUCAGUUCCUUUUUAAAUGUUUACUAGUCAAUAAUAACUAUUUUGCCUGAGAUUUUUUAUUUUGUACUUGGUUUUAGCAGUGGUCCCAAGUUUCUUAUAUAAAUGACCUAAAAUUACUAAAAUUGCUUUCAGAGGUUUAAUUGCAAUCAAAACCUUAGCAAACUAUACAUUUUGAGAAAGAUAAAUGAAUUGGCUACAACAUUUAAAUUUGUGUUUUAAGUGUAUCUAUAAAAAUUAAUGAUGUUAUGAGCACUUGAAUGCAAGACAUUUUGUCGAUUUUUUUUUUCUCAAGAACUCCAAGGUCAAGGAUACUGAGCAAAAAAUUUUUACGGGGUGGGCAAUACAGCCAACUUUAACCCCAUCCAUUUACCUUUCUAAAAAUAUAUACUUAUUGGGGUAUUGUAUCAAUGUUUCUAUGUCAUUUAAUGCAAUUUCAAAUGGCACUCAAAACGCUCUGAAAAGCUCCACACCACAGAAUAAUGCAUGCCACAGUUCGUGGGUUAAAUACCUUGGAAAUUGUUUUUGUAUUUUUGUCACUUUUGUAUUUAUAUAAAAUUGCUAAUGUGUUUAGGAAAUCACCACCAUAUAAUGUUCUAUUUAUCUUCCGCAAUUUUUGGCUUGCUUAAAUUUUGUAUACCUUACAUACUGCUAAUUGUAUUGAGGCUGAAAUAAGAGAAAUUCUUAUGAUGGUAUUCUCAGGUCUGACUUGCUUUCGAGUCUGCCAGUUUUGGCAUCAGGUGUCCAGGAUUGGAUGAAAACCUCUGACAAACUGGAGGAGGCAGCAGCAGGCAUGGAGGGCCUUCAUGUUAUUCAGCAGACUUUGUUGGAUGCCCAGAGUGAGCCUCAUCACACCAUUUCUACACUUUCCGACAGGUGAGCUCUUACUGGGACAGUUUACAUUGAUUUUAUUUAAUGUUUGUUUUGGGUAUGACCACUUUGAAAAAAAUGAAUGAUUUUUGGCGGAGAAAAGAGUGUAGAUUGGUUCUGCUUUCAUAUCAUCGGUCAGUGGCUCAGCUUACUGGAAUUGAGCUUAGACACAACAAAUGGGAUUUUUGAACCAACAUGAAUUGAAAACACCUUACAUACCCUAUAGUCUGCAUACACUUACAUUAGUUUUGUUUGCUGUGUGAUUGUCAAUUUGAAAUAGGACUUUACUCCCUUUGCCUUAAACUUCCCCAACUCAUUGACAUAUACAGUUGUGGCUUUUUCAAAAGUUUGUGGAAAUCCUAUUGUACAACCCCUGGAAGUUUUACUGGGCAUACAUUAUUGUUGUAGAUUAAGAGAAAUGUUUUAGCAAUGCAUAAUAUUUACCUUGGGGUUCAACAAUGACUUUUUCUUCUUCCAGAUAUUCAGAUUACAUGGUUCUCAAAGCAACCCAAGAUCAAGUCAUGGCAUCUGUUGGUGACAAAAUCAAUGAAUACAGCAACUUGCACAAGAUACAUCUUGUAAGUUCAUGAGUGACUGAAUAUUAAAUCUGAUGGUUAGCUCAUUGGUUGAUCAGUCAUAAGUUAAAUUAACUCUUUGACUCCCACAUUUUCUUAAAGCUAAAUCCGGUGAGUAGUGUACAAUAUUAGACCAUGAGAUCAGUGGAAAUUAAAUUGAAUCUAGUUGUUUUAAAGUUGCUUGGAAAUUACUUACUCAUUUCCAGACAAAUAUUUUGUGGACAACGUUACAGGCAAGAAUAGAAUAUAAAAAUAAUUCAUAAGUCAUCAAAUUAUUAUACUUUAAUUACAAAAAUUUGUCAACCAAUUGAACAAAUAUUUUCCGCACAGUUUGUAAAUUCAGUUUAAAAUUUGAUCAAAAUUGAUUUUAAAAUAACAAAUAUACACAUGCUAGCAAACUAUAAAGCGUCAUUAAAAUUCAGAGCAAAUUUACCAUGACAACAAUCUUAUUAUAUUUUCAAGUCCAUUGGUAUUAUUCGUUGAACUCCUAUUCCAAGCACAUAUGAUGUAAACCUAGAGCUGUGGGAUAACUGAUAUGUGAUAUAUUUCAGAUGUCUCUAGAAAAACUUCAAAGUUCAUCUUUCCAAGCCAUGUGUGCAGACGUCUCUUCUCCUCUUGAUCUGGGCCCACCUAGCUUUGCUGCAGCAUCGUCUUUCUUACAAAGUGCCGGACAGUCACAAAUCAUAUCACAGGUGAGUUUCCGUGUCUGACUUAAUCAGGUUUUGUACAGUUGUCAUGGAUUUCUGGAGAUGAAGAAAGAACACAGAGCACGUAUAUUUGAAAUAUAACAGACCUUAAAAUGUAUUGAUGUAAUAAAAUAAUGUGGCUCAAGUUAAUUUGGAAUAAGUGUAUUGCCAGACAAGAAUUACAUAUCAUGGUUUAUUCAUUAACCCUUUACAGUCCAAACCUAUUCAGCCUUGUCUCCUCCCAGCGCCCAAGCAAAGGGACAUAACCCCAUUUUAAAUGAAGGUUCUUUAUCUAAUUAAUUUACAGAAAAUAAACUACAAGCAACAAAAAUAAAAUAAAAAAUACCUAAAUACAAAGAAAUGAUUAAAUCAAAAGUUAAACCUAAAAAUAGUUUCAGAGACCCUCCCACUCAUGAAAUAGUGUAGCUUCAUUAGGCCUAAGUUCUUUCAAAAGUGUAUCCAAGGCUUAGAUAGCCAAUUUUUACAGCGAAAAAAUCGCGACUUUUAAAAAAAAUCACAGAAAAUCAGCCCCUAAGCACACCGCGGUCAAACCAGUAUCAAAAUAAAUGCCGACAACGAGGCUUUCUUCCGGUAGAACUAUAAAUAGUAAUGCGCAAUGGAUUUCCGCUGUGCUAAGAACGAAAGUAAACAACCUCGUGACGGGCGGGUUUGGCCGCAUCGGACUGUACGCUUAAGGAAAAAAUCGGCGCAUUUCGGGCGCAUCGGACUGUAAAGGGUUAAGGAACAAAGGCAGAAAAUAUAUUAAUUUAACUCAACAAGUUUAAUUUUUUAAAUGAAUUUUUUCCCCCCAGAUUUCAUGAUUCAAUCUACUCUAAACUUGACAAGCAUGUUUUUAAAGUCUUUUAAUUCAAAAUUGUAAAAGAAAUUCACUAUUUCAUAAUUCUGUUUCACAGUGUGAGCAGUUGGAAACUGAAAUGUUCACAUUACUGGACCAGAAAAGAGCUCUCCUUCACAAUGUGGUGAAAAUUCUACAUACUUACAAUACUGUUAUAUCACAGGUAUGUCAACUAAUGUUUUAAUUUGUAUGCGAUAAGAUAAGUAAUUUAUUCUUAAAUUAAAAUUAUCCAAAUAUGAGGAAAUCAAAAUAUUAUAGUGGUCUUAAAAUACUUGUAUAAAUUGUUUCCCCUUUUCUCAGUUUGGUUCUGCGUUUGCCGAGGACAAUCGAACAUUCAGAUUUUUAGGAUGGCUUCAGGAGCUUAUCGGUGAUUUCACAUCAAACAAGUCAGUUUAAUUGCUUGAUAUUUCUCUUUGUUACUGCAGUAUAUUAAUUUUAAUCAAACAAACAAAAAAUGAAUAUUCAAAACGUUUUUUGGGUCAGAUUACUAAUAUAAUCCAAUUUAAAUUAUGCAACAAUUCUUAGGUGUGAAGAGAUUAUGUCUCAUCACCAUGACCUGUACAGCCCCAGCCCAGCUUCUCAGAUCAGCAAGGCCCAGAAUGUCUUUAACGUUGAAUCCAAGCUUCAAAAUCUGUUGACAGACACUAAUGCCAAGCUCAUUAAAGUAAUCAACUUUUCGUUUUAUGUUGUUUUUUUUCGUUUCAUUCAGUGGUCUGAUAUUGUCAUAUUUUUAAUUCAUUUAUUGGUUAAAAUUUAUUUUACAUCUUGUAUGCUUCUUUAAUUGAAUGAAAAUUUCCUUCCCCCCAGCUGAUGGAUCGUAGAGCUCAAGAAGCUAAUGAAACAAUAACUCUAGAAGGACAAAUUCAAGAGGCUGAUGAAACUAUUAGAAUCUUUGUCCAUGGUAAGAUUUGAAUGUUGAUCCAACUCAGCUACCGUAGAAAUAAUAAAACUACUAAACUAUGCUUUAGUGACAGUUAUUUUAUUUUGUGGUUUUUAACUGUAUGAGAGUACAAACGAAGCCAAAUUAUCAGUGGGAUUAGAAUGAUUCAUGAAAAUUCAUUCUAACUUCGGCGUGACAAUUUUUAAAUCUUUAAAAUAAGUGUUUCAGUUGUAAAGUCAUCAUAAAGUUACUACAUUAUCUCUACAUUAAGAAAGAGGUGAAAUUCUAACCGAUAGGUUUUCUAAUGUUGUAUGCUAGGAUAUUUAAAAUGAAUGGAAUGGACACUCAUGCAUAUAUAUUUUUUGACACUCAUGCACAUAUAUAUAUUUAAUGACAAAAGAAAAUGGCUUGGAAGGAGAAAGAAGUUUGAUGUCUGUAAUUGUAUCAGCUCUAUACACUCUCAACAAAAGAUAUCUGCUUAUGGAGGGAGCUGCAGCAGGUAAAUAAUUCUGUUGUUUACAUUUAGUUGAAUUUCUUCUUGUUCUAUAUAUUAAGGGCCCUUGAUCAAUUUAUUGAUCAUUUAGGCUCCUAUUUAGAUGGAACAGAAAACCUGUUCAAUCUUAGACAGAAUUUUUGUGGACAUAUUUGGACAUAUAUCUCUCUCUCUUAAAUAUUAAACUUAAAAAUGAUAAUAUGAAAUAUAGCACACUUUCUUACUACAUCACAGUCAACCUGAAUGCAAUCCUCCCCAUAUUACACACAUAUUAUAAUACUAUUAUUAAGAGUUAAUUCAAAAUCCAUUUGACAAAUUGACAUCAUCCUUUUAAAGUAAAAUUGUCUGCAUUUGUAUAACACUAGGCAUUUUAUUUUAUAUUUAGGUGCUGGAGAUAGAUUGAUGGAUCUGACCUCCCGUGAUGGAGACUGGUUCCUAGAUGAGCUGUGCAGUAUGAGUGGCAAUGUUAACCAUUUCUUGGAAACUCUCAAUCAGUAUACACAGGUCAGUUGCUCAGUAGAUCAUGUUGUUAUUAAGUUGCUGUUUUUGUGAAUUAGUGUAACAAGCUUUAGUGGAGGGAGAUUACCACAAUCCUUUAUCUUUGAGGGAAAUAAGUUAUUUUAACUGUUAAAAACGAUUGUUUAAUAACACUAAGCAAAAAUAAUUUAACACCUCAUUUAUUGUUGCCGGUUUAAUUUAGUAUUUUGUUUUUCAUUCAAUUAUUUCUAUCCAUUAGAUUACUAAGGUUAAAACUUUUUUUUUUUUAAUUAAUUUUUUUUUAAAAAUGCAUAACAAUAAAAAUCCACUAUGUUUUAUCAGGGUUUUCUUUGUCUCCAGAUUUGUGACCUGGCCCAUGUAAAGAAUCUACAGCACAGUCUGCGAGCAACCCAUAAUGUGUACAUAGCUUUACAGGUUGGUUCUUUGUGGAAAUGUAAGCUGAAAUAUUUUAAUUAUAUUUUACAUUUGAAUUUUGAUUGUUGACUGUAAAUUAAAUCAUUAAAGUAAAUGUUAAUUUGUUUUGUUUCUUUCAGGACUUGAAUAUGAAUUUUAGAUCCAUCAUUCUACCUGAAACAAUGAAGCUGACACAAUCUCAAGAUGAGCACUUCCUCAACAUCCUUUCCCAGCUAGAAAAUUUGAUUCAGCAAAGUAGGAUGCCCCUUGAUGCCCUGGUUGCACAAGUAGAGAUUAUGCAUCGCAAUGCUAUCAUGGGAAUUGAGGUACAAAAUUUUAUCAUAUUAUUAUAUUAUUAUCAUAUAUAGUUUUUUUUUCCGUAUUCUGCUGUUAUAUAACAUUAUUUCUUAAUAGAUUUUAAAAUCUGUAUUUAUCCAUAGUUUAUGCCAACCCCAAGGGCAUUCAAUUACUUAAAUUUUGUAUCCUAUGCCUCCACAUAUGGAAAGAUCAAAUUAGUUCGGAAUUACAGACUCUUUUGUAACAUUUAAGAUUUGUUUGCUUAGUAUAUGUUAAUACCAGAUUUUUUGGUACUAGCACCCCUUAAAUUUUGUUUAGUCAAACAUAAGGGGGCCUUGUUCUUGUUUUCAACUAAGGCUGUGGUUCUCAACCUUCCUAAUGCCGCGACCCUUUAAUACAGUUCCUCAUGUUGUGGCGACUCCCAAAUACAAUUUUAUUUUCGUUGCUACUUCAUAACUGUAAAAGUGUGAUUUACAAUGGUCUUAAGCGACCCUUGUGAAAGGGUCUUUCGACCCCCCCAAAUGGGUCACGACCCACAGGUUGAGAACCGCAGAACUAAAGCAUCAUACAAAUAAUUUGCAUGUAUUUAAAAUCAGGACAAAAAGCCAGAGGUGUACAUGGAAAUCAAACGCCUGCAGCAGGAGUUUAUGAACUUGUUACAAAAAGGCUGUAACAGCAGCUCAGUCAAACAGUAUUCUGAUCAACUGACUUCUGGCCAAAUGUUGUUGAUGGGUUUUAACGGACUGUUUACUAGGCUUGAGGCAGACUUUGCCGAGCUGUUGGAUAGCAUGGAGUCACUAGAAGUGCCUGCAGUUUGGAAGAAGGUGGACACAGUCCGUGAGGCCAAGUCCAUGCAGGUGUGAAGUUACUUUGAUUCUCUACACAUUUGUUACGUAAAUCAUAUCUGUUGAUACUGAAUAAUAAUUAAUACAAUGAUAAGCACAACUGAAAAAUGGUGUGGUUCAGGGGAAAUCUUUUAAAAUGUAUAUGUGAUUAGAUUUAUUUUUAAGUCAACGUUUGAUUCUAAGUUUGGUUAAAAAAUAUUUCUUGAAUACAAUUCACUACUACAAUAAACAUUGUUUGCUGAAGAAGACUUCUUAGGGACAUGUUUGUUUUGUUCAAUCCUUUUUUUUCAGGUUUUCCCAUACUUUUUUUUUGUGCUCAUUUCCUAGAAUACACAAAAAAAGAUAAAUGGAUAAGUUACAUUUCAUGAUUUGAUUUUUUUGUUUUUCAAUUUAUCUAUAAUUUCUGCUAUAAACUCUUUUCAGUUAAAUUUCAAUAUGUAUUGAAUCACAUACCUUCUUUUGGAGACACUUAGUCUAGCUGACUUAUUUUUAAGAUAAAUGUACGGAAGUUGAGCGCUGGCUAUGAAAAAAAUAUUUUUUCUAAAUAAAUAAUAUAAAUAAAUAAAAAUGUUCAACCAUUCAUUAUUUGUUUUAUCUAGUUGUCCAACUUCAGUUCCACCACAAGACCCCUCCUGGUUAAUAUUUUCUUCUUGAAGCGAUUGCAAGCCAUGCAAGAUUUCUUUUACAUGACUACUCAGUUUGCAGAGGCACUACAAGGUAUAAAAUUACACUACUUAAAAUUGUAUGGUUUUUAUGACAUGUACUCUUUAACUGUGUGACAUGGAACUUGAAAACUAAAAUUUGAUUUCAAUGUUUCGCUUCCCUGAAGGUGUCAGUGGUGGAAUCACAUAUGAUGAGGAACAGAUGACAAAACCUGUGAAACGGUUUAUUGCUGAUUUUGUGAGAAAACAGGUUAGUAACAUCCUGUAUUUAUUUUAUGCUCAGUAUUACUUUAUUAUUCUAACUUACCUUUAUCUAUUAGUAAUUUUAUUGUUGGUAAACUUCACUUCCAGAUUUGUGUGCUUGUGUUUUAUUCAAUCACUAUUAUCCUUGGUUGCUGACAGGUUCUAGGUUUCCCCUCACAAGUGUUGGGCUACAUAAUUUGUGUGUUCCUUGGAGAGCUGGGUGUCAAUGUGAAAGCUGAGAUAGAGCUGAAAGAUAUUGGUGCUGAACUGAAGGUUCCCCUUGACCUGCUCUGUAAGAAAGGCAUGGAAACCUGUCUGACCAGUGGGCAGUUCCAGCACAGGCACCUGACUCAAGUCACUGCCCUCACCAGCAGCCUGGACACAGCGUGGAGGAAGCUUGACCUGGCCAAGUAUGUUUUCAAAACAAGCUUUUUUUUUUAGAUCUUCAUGGAGAAACAUCACAUAUUAAUUGAGCUAAAUCUCUUAAUAUGCAAAUAGCAAUAUAACAUUUAUUGAAAGACUUUUCUAAAUCUCCAUAGAGUUAGCAUACAAAUUUAACAAUGCAAUAAAAGCAUAAUAUAGUAAGAUAUUGAUUUUCAAAUUUGCAUGAAUGGCUUCCACAAUUUUGUUAUGUGUGUAGCAAUUGUAAAUAUUUAACAGAAGCCAGCGUGAUUUUAUAGGUACAUGUAUUAAAGUACUAUUAAACUAUAUUACAUAUAAGCUAAAUUUUCUUGUUGUAAUGUCUGAAUUGAAUUGGUGAAAUCAAACACUGCAAUAUACAAAUCAUAAUGCAGAAAAGCAACUGACUUCCUCUUUUUAUUUGCAGACGCCUUGAUGCACACAUUGUCCUGAUGAAGGGUCAAGUCCAGAGAUGCCAGCCACAACUUGCACGCUUUCAGUGGCUCCAUGAAGACCUCUUCAUUCAAGCUGGUAGACAGCAUUCACAGAUGGUUCAUCCAGGAAGGGCUGCUGUCAUGUCAGAAAUGAAAAAAGUAACCUACUUAAAAUAAAGGAAACCAAUCACCAAAAUUACACUAUGUAAAAUAAGCAUAUUUUAAACACAAAAAUACAGAUCUAAUCUGUAUACUUGUCCUUUUUUUAUGUUGACAAUGAUACAUUUUUACUUGUAAUGGGAAGAUAUUAUACAUUGAUAUGAUGGGAUAUUAAUAAGGCAUUUCAUUAUUGCCUGUUUAGAAAUGAUCAAUAAAUUGAAUGUGGCCCCUUAAUAUAUAGAAGAAGAAGAAAUAUUAUAGCUUUAAGUUUUUUUUCAAUUUUAAUCUACAAAUAAAAAAUGUCACACACAUUUAUAUGAUGCAUAACAUUCAAUAGUUGUUAAAUAUACAUCAAACUAAUAAAGUUUAUCUUUCUCCCAUAUAGACAGCACAAGCUCUUAUCUCCCAGGAGUCCCUAAUCACCUCUUGCCUUGAACGCUAUGGUCAAAUGGAGGCCAGCAUUAGCCAGAGACUGCGAUGGGCCGCUGGAGCAAACCCUUCACUUAACAAUGUACUCGGCAACUUUGAGAAAGCUGCCAUUUACAGGAAAAAAUUCAUUGAGGUUAGCAUUCUUACGUAUUCAAAUGACAUUUUGUCCCAGCCUUUGUUUUUUUGUUUCUAGACUAGAGGUGUCAAAAAGAAUGUAAUUGGUAUAUGCCAGGGUCAGCUUUUUAAAAUUCUUUGCUUGAAAAUUCUCUGUGCUUGUUCUCGUCUUAACUUCGUUGCAUUUAAUGCAUUGGCUCAGUGCCACAUUCAGUUAUGUUAGUAUAUAAUGAUUUUGAGAUGAUAUAAAGUAGGAUAUUUUUAUUUUUAUUGGUGGCCUGGUAUAAUCUGUUGUUUAGUUUAAUGGUCUACACUCCAGUUUGAUUUUUGACACCCCUGUCCUAGACAUAAAAUGUGCACCUAAUCAUAAAAUUCAAACAUUUAUUUUGGUAGUUUCACCUUUAAAUCAAGCUAAGUAGGCUUAUUAAUAUUAUAAUAUUUUAGCAAAUAAUAAUAUUUAUUGACACUUUGAUAUUAUUUACUUUUUAAACAAAAAUACUUUUAGAAUUUUAAUAAAAUAAAUGCCAUCAAAACAAACCAUAAAUAACAUUUGAUUUGAAGCACACAAUAAUAAUUCAUGAUGUUUUAAUUUUACUUUUUUUCCUCCUCUGAUUCAGGAAGAAAAUAAAAGAGUUUCAGAUUGUAGCAUUCUCUGUAAUGGUAUUCUGCACUUAGAAACCUUAAGAACACAAACACAUGAAGCAUCAUCCGCUGAUACAGCCUUCUGUCAGCUCCUCAACAAGUAAGCGUAUUUAUUUAAUCUUUUGUUCCAAAAUGUCACUUCACUGAAAGUUGAUAUGAGGUCAGAGAAUAAAAUACAAUCCGCAUAAACUUAUUGUGUCAUUGCCUGUAAUGGUUAGUGAAGAAUGGCUGAUAUAUUUUUUAUAAUGUUUUAUCCAACAGAUGCUCAGAAUGCUGCAUGAUGCUUGAGUCAACCAGUAGCUCUGUCAGUGAACUGGAGCUGAAUAUUAUCAACAUCCAGGUUGGUGACUACUCUUUUCAUUUUCUUGUGAUGAAACAAAAGCUCUAAUUUUAUUCCAUAAUAACUUCUCAAUUGUCUUCACUGUUAAGGAAAUCUUGAAUUAAUCCCAAACUCAAAACAGCUAUUUUUCAAUUAUUUUGCUCUUGAAAAAAACCAACAAAAAAAAUCAACAAAACUAACAACUUAAACUUACACCUGGCUAGGGACUGUGAUUUUUGAAAAGUGCCCACUAUUGCUAGCAGUGCAGAUUGAACUUCUAUUAUCUUACAAUGGGCCUCUAUAUCUAUUGUAGCCUCUAAAUGAAUUUGAGAAAUCUGACUUAAACUGGAUCAAAAGAGCCAUAGAAGCUGUGGACAAGACUGUGACUGAAUCAAAGAAGAGAAUGGAGCAGAUUGCCAUCAGCCUUAUAGAAUGCCAGGUGGGUAGUACAUUCUGGAUGUCUAGAAUCAAAUUACAAGAUAUGUAAUUCUUAUUUAAUAAACUUUAUUUCUGAAACUGGUGGCAAGCUCUCAAGUCAGUUUUAAAUGUUUGAUUGAUCUAAAUAAAUAUAAUGACAUCUUGCAUCUUAGUUGACUACUUAUCUAGUCACAUUUAUUUUUUGUAAAUAAACUUGAGUGAUGUUCAAACGUUUAAUCCUAAAACUGUUUAUUACAGAGAGGAAUCAAAGACACUGUGGCUUUGAUCAAGGUGCAUUUGUCCAGCCAUCACAAACUGAUGUCAGACAUCAGAUCUAUUCUCAAGACUCUUGCCAAGGUAUGAAUUUCUAAAUAAGAUUGCAGUCAAAUCAAAGUUAAAAAGUUGCUGCCUUAAGUUGUUUGAAUCCAAACAAUUCCUCUUGCUAAAUUAGUUAAAAAAUUAAAAUAAACUAGAUAUAGCUCGCCAAACAUUGGCGACAGCAAUGCGUGAACUUCCCAUCUAGUAAAGUUACUUGACAAAACAUGAACCCAAGUAACGCACAUUUAAGAAUCCCAAUAUUUGCCACACCCCUUCCCCCAUGAUAUGUCACUGCACACUUUUUAUUUCACGCCCAUGAACAAUAUUAAUAUUCUCAUGUCCCAACCCGUUUUAAACCGAACAUUUUUUAGACAAUACUUAAAUUGAGACGAUUUCAUUUCCGAAAAGAAAAUAUUACGCACCAAACGCUAUUGCGUUAUUAAAAAUAGAUAAAUAUCAUUUAGAGUAGUUAUCGGGAAUUUAACUAGUAAACUCAUUAUUUAACCACACUCUGGCGUAUCUAUAUAUAGCCUGCGUGGUGGUGGUUUUUAACCUUUGCUGGCGAAUUAUGUAUAUAGAUGUAGCAAUCACCUGUUAUAUAUUAGUGAUUAUUGUUAUUGCCAGACAGACCAAGGAGUGUUCACAAAAACUGCAAUAUACCUUCACAAUAGUAAUAGUUUCCAUGUUUUAUUGUAUUUGGUUUGAUAAAUCUGUGAAAAUGGCUAUUACCGUUGAUAACCCUCAAUUUUCAUGGAUUUUUAUAUAAACAGUUUUAAUGUUAAAUAUCUUAGAAUACUUUAUUGGAAACUAGACAUUUUUCCAUUCUAUGCUUUAUUCUUUUAGCUUGAGGAACAGGACUUUGGGGAAGAGGUGAAGCCAGGUAGUAUCAGAGCCUACCUCGCCCAGUACAAGAUUUUCUCUGAAAAGAUUACAGCCAUUCUCAAAACUGUGGUGAGUGAGAUGACCACUAGGGAUGAGAUGGCUCAGAGUGUGCAGGACAUGGAGGCCUUGAAAUCUCAACUGGAUGUGUAAGUACAGGUCCAUUUGGUUUUAUCUUAACAUUACUUUGCAUUUACUCGGUCAUGGAGAUCGAGAUAACCGACGUAAAGUGGCAAUUUGGUCCCCUUUUGUGCUCGAGAUAUUAAGGUUCAGAAGAGAUAUUAGGGUUCAGCGACAUAAUAGAAUCGAUAUAACCGAUGAGAAAAUGCUAAGACAAAGAGAGAAUUUGGUGAGUUAACCGAGGUCGAGAUGAGUGGGUUUGACUGUAAUUACAAUGUAGAUGUACCUAAUGCAAUGCCAUGAAUGAAACUGUAAGUUCCUAUCUGUGAUAUUUCUUGACCAGGGUUUAUGACAGCUUGUCUGAGUUUGCUCCUUCCAUCAUGACAACCAGCAUGGUGAUGGCAACAGAGCAGAAUGACCCCGUUUCUAGCGAGCUAGACAACAAGAAGAUCUUUGACCCAGCAUUGAGGGCAGUGCUCCACUCUAAGGACAGGAGCUCUCCACCCCUUCUCAAUCAGAACAGCCCGGCUGGGCAGUCAACUGCUGUUGUCAAGCCACAAGGUUUGGCCUUGAACACUAUAACCAGACUUUAAUAAUGUUUUUUUAUAGUGCUUUUGAAGUAGCCCUUUGCAGUCCUUUUUUUUGCCUUUUACUUGUUUUUUUAAUUUACCAUUUUUAUGUGUCAAAUUUUGACUUUCCCCCCCUCAAAUAACAUUAUUUGAUCAUUCAAACUGUUGAUUCCCAUUGUCAUUCAUCUAAAAAAUUGUAAUCUCCUCUGUUUUGGGUACUUCAGUAUCUACUUUACCUAAGAGGUUCUCUUUUUUUGUUUAGAAAACCUGGAAUAGUGAGGGGGUUUGUAGUAUUAUAAAAUAAUUUUUCAGCCUAUACCUGAAAACCCUUUUUAUAAUUGGAUAUCAAUUCCUUCAUUUAAAGGAAAGAAAGAAAAAGAAAGAGUGUCCAGGGAUCCUAAGACUGGAAAAGGUAAUACUCAUAAUUUUAACAAAACAUAGCUUAGUCAACUAGUUACUUUGAAAUAUGUUCUUAAAUCAUUCACAUGAAUGCUGGCAAGGUGAGUUAAUGGUUCCUAACAUGUUAAUGAUCAUUGACUCUAAAAGGAAGUCUUGAUAAUCCAACAAAAUAAAUUUAUCUGUUAACAAAAAGAGACAGUUCUCCUGGUCUCAAGGACUUUCCAAAACAACAUGUGCAAUGCAAUCAAACAAAUUUCCAUUUAUUUGGAUUAAUAAAAGCAUCUUAACUUAUCUAUUCAAGAGUGAGAAAAAGAAAUUUUUCUCCCAGUCUUAUGUUAUAUUCAGAAAUGUAAGUCUUUUGCCGAUUCUGUGUAAAAAAUAUUGAUUGUGUUUGCAGCUGUUCAAGAAAGGAAUUCCUAUGCUGUAGGAGUUUGGAGGAGGGUUAAAAUGAAACUUGAAGGGAGAGAUCCUGACCCUAAUAAAAGGAUGAGUGUUGCAGAACAGGUAGAAACUUCAGUUCUUUUUAUCAUUUUGAUUUAAGAGACACAUUUUAAACAGUUAAAUCACAACAUGUUACCUAAUAAAAUGAGUAAAACAGAGUAUGGUUAAACCUGAAAAAUUAAACGUAACAAAACAGCGAACGUGUCGGCAGAAAGCCUUCGUCAGCGAACAAAACAACAGAAAAAACGUUAAGAAAUAGCACUUAGCUGGUAAGUAGUAUCUGUGGGCAGCAAUAGAAGUGUGGCAGAAGGAAACUGAGUGAGAGUUUAAAUAAGCAGCGGCGAAAAAAGGGGGGAGAAAAAAGUUCACUGUGAUAGGUCAGAACGUGGAGGGGCGGAGCUAGGGUCAAGCUGUGAACAGAGACAUAACAUUAAUCCCAUCUGGCGUCAAGGUGCCGUAAGUCAGGAUAAGUCUGUGUUCCAAAUUGACCCGGCUGGCGGUGUUAGUGCUGGCCACAAUCGCACUUAUUGAAAAGUCCGCCUUGCCCCGGUGGUCGCUACUAUUGAAGUUACAUGUUACCUGUGGGUUUGUUUCUCCAUUAACUCCAUUUAUUUCAAGUCUAAAUAUUUCAGGCAUGAAUAUUUCGCGUAUUAGGGAUUUUCUGAUGAAGUUGCAAUGACCUUUAUAAUUUUAACAUACACAUUUAUUUCAGUACAUGUCUGCCUUUGUUAAUGGACAUUAAACAACCCCUAAAAAGCAUUUUUAUGUAAUGGUGAUGGCUAUAGUUCUUAAGCAAUCAUUGCAUCAUAUUUCCUUCAUCUUCCCCUUGAAAAACUGGUGGGGUGGGGGCUGAAAAAAUUUGAUACAUGUGUUCUCAUCGGCAUAGAUGCUGUUAUCAGGAACUUUGUAAAGUCAGUGGCUUAGGAAGCAUUAAAACAGAUUUUAUGAGUGCCGGGUUGAGGCUGAAAAUUUGUUAUUAUCGGCAAUGAGUCUAUGUGCCAAUUUUCAGCUCAAAAGAAUGACGGGAAGUUGGUCGAUUUGCCUUCCCAAUAUUUUGCCACAAACACAGAAAGAAAGAAAGAAAGAAGGAAAGAAAGACAUGUACAAAAGCAAAGUUAAUAUAAAGUAUUUAAAAAUGGAUGCAUUCAGCUGCUUUAAUUAUUUUACAAUCGCCAAAAACAAUAUGGACAAUUUGUUACUGCCAGCAGGCCAGAUGAAUUUGGGAAGUUUUUUUUUUUUUAGUUUGAUGUCUAGCAAGGUAUGAACAAGGGAGAAUCGUCAGCUUAUCAAUGUGAGAAUUGGAACAGGAUAGUUCAGUCCCUCAAUGCCCCUUCUAGAGAAAGAAAAUAUUUUGUGUAAAUUAAAUCCUUUAACUGAUAAGAAAUAUUUGUAUUGAUAUUGAGCGCUUGACUUUUUGUUCCCUGAGAGCAGGGAAUGUCGAACCUUUUUGAGUGAAGAGCCAUUUUUAUAAAUAUUAUUUGUUAAGAAAAUAAUUUAGGAGAUGCAGGCUGGGGCGAAUUGUUUAAAUGGCAUUUAUAGACUAUAUAAAAAGAGCUGUAUCUAUUCAUUCAAUGAGCCACCAUCAGCUCUGGAGCCACAGGUUGCUGCUGACCACUGCCCUUCUUAAUAAAAUGCUGCAAUUAAAAUAAAAAAAUCAAGUGACACCCAUGUUUUUGUCAGUGUAAUGAAUGAUUUUUAUCUAGUGAAUGUAUUGAAUGAUCUGAUAACUUUCCUUUCUUACCUUGUAAUAAAUAACUAUUUCAGGUGGACUACAUCAUCAAAGAGGCCAAGAACCCAGAUAACUUGGCUGUACUGUAUGAAGGUUGGACACCUUGGGUAUGAGCCUCAAAAAGAAGGGAAAAAAAGCCAGCAAGUGGCAUUAUAAUGCAUGAGUCAAAAUUCGACAGCAGAAGACAGGGGAAAGCACCCUUUGUCCUUCAGCUUACAGAUGAUGGGAGAGUUACGUGGCCUUGACCCCCCCAGUGAUACAGAAAACCUGUGAGGCCAGCAAGAUAGGGAGUUGCAGUGCACUUAUAUGCUUGUCACACAAAUAAGAAGCCGACCAGGGAUGCGCUCUGGGCCAGGGAGUGGAAAUAGUGGGAAUAGGCUCUGUCUUUGGAUGUUUGAACAUCACUAGUUUUGUUAAGGGGAGAAAGCCAGAGCAUUAGACAUAGAAGAUUUAAAAAGUGAUCAAAAUGCCUCUAAGCAGAAACACUCUGGGCCUGUCCGAUAGGUCCGAAACAAAGAGUGGCUUUGGGGAGUAUUGUCACUUUAAGUCUCCUUGGGAUCUUGUCUCUUUUUUCCGAAAUCACCUUGUGGACACAUGCUCUCGCAUGUGAGAGAUAUAAGAAUGAUUUCAAUACAUGAGGUGUAAUAAUGUUUCAGUAACAGUCUUCAGACAUAUGGGUCCUGCACAGUGAUGUGGACCAACAGAAUACUUGGAUCCUCUUUAUUUUUUUUUAUUUUUGUUUUCCAAAUCAAUUUUUUUUUAAAUUUCAAAUUUUGUGAAUGUUUCCAUAUUCCGACAUUACGUACCAUUUAUCAAUUGUAGCUGACUAUCAGAAUAAAGUAAAAAUAGAAACUCCUUUAUAUUAAAACCUGUAAAAGUGUUUAGUGAAUGGACAAUAGGAACAAAGUUACGUAAGACUUUCAGGAAUGAAAGAUAGAAAAAUGAUAUGCAGUCUAAAGUGAAACCCAUUACAGAUUUAGAAAUAGUCAUGUUGUAAUCCAGAGUUUAUUUAUUAUCUUAGAACUCUCGUCAACAUUAACUGGUCUGGUUUUAUCAGUGUUCAGUUAGUUGAAUCUAUCUCUGCAUGUACUUUUUAAUGAAGAAUUUGAGUAAGAUCUCGGCUGAUAAAAACCUUUUGGUAAAGAGCUUUCAUUAUCAGCAUUAAUGCUUUGUUUUCAUUUACUCUAUUUUUUAAUUUUUUAACGUGACUUCCUUACAAAAUAUUUAAAAGACCACCAGGUGUCUUUUGUUAGCCAUCCAUUUUAAAUAAUAUUGAUGGAGUUGAAAGUCAUUUCAGUCAGUGCAACAUAUAGAAAUCAAUCACAUAUUGUUCAAUGAACUAUUUAAGAUGCAUUGUGAGAACCAAUUUCUUUUCCAAUGCCAGGCAACUUGUGUGAACAUUGCAGCUGUGUUGUUAAGUGGUGUCCUAUUACAUUUGUGUGCCAAUGGUGCCAUGCUAAAAAAAAAAACUUCUGUCCAAAGUCUUCUACUAACUUUUAUAUGAAAAUAUUUUUCUCUUUCUUUUAAAAUCAGGUGCUCAUAAAUAUUCUAAUCUCAUUUCUUGAGAUAUGAAAAGUUAGUCACCAACAAAAAUUCUAUGAAUAAACUUGAUUAAAUUCAUUACAGCUGAUUUUUUAAAAAAACAACACUUGUUGAAGUAAAUAACAAAGCGAUGUUUAUUUUCUUUUAUUUAUUAUGUUAAAAAUAGUUUAUAUUUCUUUUCCCAUUGUUCAUUUGAUCUUAAACCACAAUAUUUUGCUUUUUACUAGUGUUCAUUACCAUCACAACUUUAGAUGUUUUGAAUACUGCUAUGUUCCAUCUUAUCAUUAGUGAGUUAUAUUUUGUGUUCAAGAGCCUUUUUUUGUUUAGUUUUUAGCAAUAAUAACUUAGUAAGGCUUGAUUCAGAGGGUAGAAAAUUUAAAAUUUCUUGAAGUUAGGAUAAUAUUCUUAACGAGUUUUUUUUAAGGUUUAACACUUAUUUUAAUUAUUUCAUGGGUUCAGUUUUCUUGUUAAGAAGAGAUUCCUUUUUAUUUCUAGAAUUACAGAAAAUGUAUUCCCUCAACAUUUACAGAACUGUCCCCCAUGCUUGUAUAAGAAUACUAUCAACACUGACUUAUGCCUUUCCUUCUGGGUUGCAGUCUCUUAUAUUUGCAUUGAACCAUUACUGACAAAAAUAUGGCUUAUUUCAGUUAAUUUCUUUCAAAAGCAUUAACUUGAGUGAAUUUUUUUAAAUUAAUUUUUUUGUUUGUUGUUGUUCAGUAUUUGCUUCAUAAAUCUUUAAGGAAAAGACCACGUCAUGUUAAUUUUUUAGUCGCAUUAUUGACUAUAAAUUGUAAUAAGUCAAAUUAUUUAAAAUGGCAAAAAAAAAACAACAACUCUACAACUGCAGGCUGGUGGGGAUAUUGUCUAUUAAUUUCAUAGACCUCUAUUACAUCUGAUGCAGUGGGUUUCAAAGUUAGAUCGUCUUGAGAGUGAGCCAGAUAGUUAAAGCAUUUAAAACAAAAUAUAAUUCAUUAGAUAUGACUACAUGAUCAGUGAUAGCUGAGUUCAAAGAUUGCAGGUAUUCUUGUUUUGUUUUUUUGUUAACAGCUUUUCAUUCUCUGUACCUUUUAAUAUUUUGUGGUAGCUGAGAGAGGGGGGGGGAACAAUUUUGUGAAAAUGUUUCUUACAUAGUAUUUAACAUGCAUUUUUUUUAAAAAAAUGAACUUAAUCAGCUAAAUAUAUUUAAAAACAAACAUUAAGAAAAAAUUAUUUUUGGAAAAAAUUACAAAAAAAAAAAAAAAAAAAAAAAAGAAAUAUUAUUAGGUGAAAUCAAUUUUUUCAUAAAGUAAAAACUUUUGCACCAUCCUCAUUUACAUAUUUAAAUAUUCUACUUAAAGUGCUAUUUGCUUAACUAAAAUGUGUGUGGAAUAUUCAUGCAGUUUCCAUGUGUGUGGAAAAUUCAUGUACUUUCCUUCAAAUUCAGGGUCCUGCCAUUUUGUUAAGUCAAAUUAUAUAUAAAUUGUAUUUGAAUGUUAAAAUCAUGCUAGUAUAAGCUUGUUCCUUUUAUUUUGUUUCUUUUUGUUCUUCAAUGUUUUCUUGGUAUAAUAAUGCCUAUUGUAAGCCAAUGUUUUCUUGUAGAUUGGUAGCGUUUAACGUAUUUAUGUGACUCCUGAGUUGUCCAGUGCCCGUAUUUAUGUGACACCUGAGUUGUCCAGUGCCCUCGUUCCAUUUCUUGUCCCGUAGCCUAACACUAGGAAGCUUACCCUACCCUACCUCUUACUGUAUGCAAGUAGACAUCAACAGUUAACAUUAUGCAUAGCCUACAUCAAUAUAAAUAUUAGCUUAUAAAGUAGGGAGAGGUUAUUCUCUCAAAUGUGUGAUGUACUUGAGUUGUGUUUGGUUAUUAGUUGUUUGUUUUUUUCUUUUCAUGCUUAUUAUUAAUAGUUGCUUUUUGUGUGAAUUCUUUUAUCAUACUUUUCAUUAUAUUAUAAUCUUGACCACUGAAGUUGAGAAGGUUAAGGCCAUAUUUUUGCAUGAUUAAUUUAUUAAAAGAUACAAAAUUACUCUAUCUUUAAAUCUCAGAUGAUGAAUCAGCAAAACCUUUACUUCAAACAAAAGGAAUAAAUAUCUGACUUGAUUUUCUUUAGUUUCUUUAAAAUUUAUCUUAUUUUUGUUAAACUUAAAAGUAUCUUAAUA